AUGCGACAGUGGUGCCUCCCGGCUGCGGCACCGCGAACCGAACCUCUGCCCACAGGGCGCCUCUCACCCCCGCUAUCAGGUAGGCUGCAGGCUGGCACUGGAAUGCCACGGUCACGGGCAAUGACACGCAUUAUUUUACAAUCAAUGCACAUAUUAAAUUAUUAAUGUACAGUACAUACUAGCAUUCAACAUCAUGGCAAUAAAUACAUAGGCUAUUUUAGCCCAAGUUAUGGUUGUUGUUGUUUUUUUCCCCAAAUGCUCCAGACACUUCCUUUGAAAAGCUGUUGCUAGUGGGUAGCUACAGUGCAUUCAUAAAGUAUUCAGACCCUCUGACUUUUUACACAUUUUGUAAGUUACAGCCUUAUUAUAAAAUUGAAACAAUUGUUUCCCCCCCCACACACACACACUCAUCAAUCUACACACAAUACCCCAUAAUGACAAAGGGAAAACAGGUUUUUAAAAUAUAGAACGGAAAUAUCACAGUUACAUACUUUAAGUAUUCAGACCCUUUACUCAGUGAUUACAGCCUCAAGUCUUCUUGGGUAUGAUGCUACAAGCUUGGCACACCUGUAUUUGGGAGUUUCUCCCAUUCUUCUCUGCAGAUCCUCUCAAGCUCUGUCAGGUUGGAUGGGGAGCUAUUUUCAGGUCUCUCCAGAGAUGUUUGAUCGGGUUCAAGUCUGGGCUCUGGCUGUGGCACUCAAGGACAUUCAGAGACUUGUCCUGAAGCCACGCCUGCGUUGUCUUGGCUGUGUGCUUAGGGUCGUUGUCCUGUUGGAAGGUGAACCUGAUUGGUGUAGUGCUGCAGAGAUGGUUGUCCUUCUGGAAGUUUCUCCCAUCUCCACAGAGGAACUCUGGAGCUCUGUCAGAGUGACCAUCGGGUUCUUGGUCACCUCCCUGACCAAGGCCCUUCUCCCCUGAUUGCUCAGUUUGGCCGGGCGGCCAGCUUUAGUAAGAGUCUUGGUGGUUCCAAACUUUUUCCAUUUAAGAAUGAUGGAGGCCACUGUGUUCUUGGGGACCUUCAAUGCGGCAUAAUUUUUUUGGUACCCUUCCCCAGAUUUGUGCCUCGACACAAUCCUGUCUCAGAGCUCUAUGGACAAUUCCUUCGACCUCAUGGCUUGGUUUUUGCUCUGACAUGCACUGUCAAGUGUGGGACCUUUAUAUAGACAGGUGUGUGCCUUUCCAAAUCAUGUCCAAUCAAAUGAAUUUACCACAGGUGGACAUCAAUCAAGUUGUAGAAACAUCUCAAGGAUGAUCAAUGGAAACACGAUGCACCUCAGCUAAAUUGAGUCUCAUAGCAAAGGGUCUGAAUACUUAUAAGGUAUUUCUGUUUUUUUAUUUUUAAUACAUCUGUAAAAAUGUUGAAACCUGUUUUUGCUUUGUCAUUAUGGGGUAUUGUGUGUAGAUUGAUGAGGGGGGGGAAAACUAAUCCAUUUUAGAAUAAGGCUGUAAUGUAACAAUACUUUCCGAAUACAUUGUAUGUUAUUAUAACUUUAUGAGUAAUCAGACAGUGAAUCAGCACUGUCUUAUGCCCAGGACAAAUAUGGCAGGGUGAGUGUAAGCAUUGUGACCGUUGCCAAAUAUAAACUGUGCCAAAGUUUGGACAGGCAACUAGGCAUUUAUAUUAACAUUUAACGUUUCUGACUUGUACUUUUAUGUUCACUGAUGCCUCAGUAAAAGUACGUCAAAUGUUAAAUGCUACUAUAAAUGCCUAGUUGUUAUUAUGCUAAAUGCUACUAUAAAUGCCUAGUUGUUAUUAUGCUAAAUGCUACUAUAAAUGCCUAGUUGUUAUUAUGCUAAAUAGUAGAGAGAAUGAUUUAUUUCAGCUUGUAUUUAUUUCAUCACAUUCCCAGUGGGUCAGAAGUUUAUAUACACUCAAUUAGUAUUUGGUAGCAUUGCCUUUAAAUUGUUUAACUUGGGUCAAACGUUUCGGGUAGCCUUCCACAAGAUUCCCACAAUAAGUUGGGUGAAUUUUGGCCCAUUCCUCCUGACAGAGCUGGUUGUAACUGAGUCAGGUUUGUAGGCCUCCUUGCUCGCACAUGCUUUUUCAGUUCUGCCCACACAUUUUCUAUAGAAUGAGGAUCUUUGUCCCCAUGUGCAGUUGCAAACCGUAGUCUGGCCUUUUUUAUGGCGGUUUUGGAGCAGUGGCUUCUUCCUUGCUGAGCGGCCUUUCAGGUUAUGUCGAUAUUGGCCUCGUUUUACUGUGGAUAUAGAUACUUUUGUACCUGUUUCCUCCAGCAUCUUCACAAGGUCCUUUGCUGUUGUUCUGGGAUUGAUUUGCACUUUUCACACCAAAGUACGUUAAUCUCUAGGAGACAGAACGCUUCUCCUUCCUGAGCGGUUUGACGGCUGCGUGGUCCCAUGGUGUUUAUACUUGCGUACUAUUGUUUGUACAGAUGAACGUGGUACCUUCAGGCGUUUGGAAAUUGCUCCCAAGUAUGAACCAGACUUGUGGAGGUCUACAAUGUUUUUUGAGGUCUUGGCUGAUUUCUUUUGAUUUUCCCAUGAUGUCAAGCAAAGAGGCACUGAGUUUGAAGGUAGGCCUUGAAAUACAUCCACAGGUACACGUCCAAUUGACUCAAAUUAUUUCAAUUAGCCUAUCAGAAGCUUCUAAAGCCAUGACAUCAUUUUCUGGAAUUUCCCAAGCUGUUUAAAGGCACAGUCAACUUAGUGUAUGUAAACUUCUGACCCACUGGAAUUGUGAUAGAGUGAAUUAUAAGUGAAAUAAUCUGUCUGUAAACAAUUGUUGGAAAAAUGACUUGUCAUGCACAAAGUAAAUGUCCUAACCGACUUGCCAAAACUAUAGUUUGUUAACAAGAAAUUAGUGGAGUGGUUGAAAAACGAGUUUUAAUGACUCCAACCUAAGUGUAUGUAAACUUCCGACUUCAACUGUACAGUAUUUUAGAGACUUAUUGAAAGUGUGUCUGUGAACAAGUCAUGUGUGUUUUAACCCGUUAGAUGUCAGGAUGGAGUGUUGUGAGGUGGAGCCACGCUACACCAUCGAGCAGAUCGACCUCCUCCAGCGCCUCCGUCUCUCAGGGAUGACCAAGCCACAGAUCGUCCAGGCCUUGGGAUCCCUAGAGCGACUAGACCCCGACUACUGCAAUGACACCCACACAGCCAACCCCACAAUCAACGCCACCCCUACCACAGCCUCCGCCCCGGCCCCCUCCUCCUCCUCUUCCUCCUCUUCCUCUUCCUCCCUCUCCCUGGCCUCUGCCACCACGCAGACACCCGGGAUGGAUGGCGCCUCCCUGUCGCCUAGCAACAGCUACGAGGCCUCGCCCCCGCCGCUUUACCCCCCGGGGGUCGGAGUUCAGAGGUCAUUCAGCUAUGACAUCAUGGCGGAGGAGGACUGGGACCUUGAGGAGAAGGUGGAGGAGUACAUGAGGUGAGUUGGUUGAGGGGUUGGUUGAGGGUUUCAGUUAUGGAGACAGGUAAGGAGAAAAGAGAUGUAGGCCUAUAGGAUAGUAUUGAGGAGAGGUAAAGGCCUACUGCUUAAAGAUGGUAGAAGAAGCUUAGGAGAGAUCAGUGAAUCAUGAAAAAGAGAAGGAGGGUUAUUUGAGGUGAACACAGUAAGCGGGGGAAGAGAAGCUAGUCUUUGUUGCGCUGGGAGAGGAUGAUGAUUACAUCAUUAUCAGAAAAUAACGGCCAGUCCCUGGUGAUGAUGGCUGUUAGCCUGACUAAUUUGGGUCAGGUGUGUAGGGAGGGAUGGGAUGAAGAGAGCAGCCAGGCUAACAGGAUCUACAGAAGGCAGAAGGCUUUAUGACAGAGAGGGAGUUAUUUUAUGCUGGCCCGUUUUCAACCGGAGGGGGAGAGAUAGAGAGAGAGAAGACUGGGACCUGGAGGAGUGCAUGAGGAGAGGAUUUGAGGGCAGACCGACACCAACACACACACAACAUGCACACACAUUUAUACUGACUCUACACACACUCGCAUACAAUCUUCAUUUACGCUGCUGCUAAUCUGUUUAUCAAAUAUCCUGAUGCCUAGUCAACUUACCCCUAUACAUAUCUGGCUAUACAUAUCUGGCUCUUCGCUGGCCAUGGCAGAACACUGACAUUCCUGUCUUGCAGGAAAUCAUGCACAGAACAAGCAGUAUAGCUGGUGGCAUUGUCAUGCUGGAGGGUCAUGUCAGGAUGAGCCUGCAGGAAGGGUACCACAUGAGGGAGGAGGAUGUCUUCCCUGUAACGCACAGCGUUGAGAUUGCCUGCAAUGACAAGCUCAGUCCGAUGAUGCUGUGACACACCGCCCCAGACCAUGACUGACCCUUCACCUCGAUCCUGCUCCAUAGUACAAGCCUUGGUGUAACGCUCAUUCCUUCGACGAUAAAUGCGAAUCCGACCAUCACCCCUGGUGAGACAAAACCGCGACUCGUCAAUGAAGAGGACUUUUUGCCAGUCCUGUCUGGUCCAGCGACGGUGGGUUUGUACCCAUAGGCGACGUUGUUGAUGUCUGGUGAGGACCUGCCUUACAACAGGCCUACAAGCCCUCAGUCCAGCCUCUCUCAGCCUAUUGCGUACAGUCUGAGCACUGAUGGAGCGAUUGUGCGUUCCUGGUGUAACUCGGGCAGUUAUUAUUGCCGUCCUGUACCUGUCCCACAGGUGUUAUGUUUGGAUGUACCGAUCCUGUGCAGGUGUUGUUACACGUGGUCUGCCACUGCGAGGACGAUCAGCUGUCCGUCCUGUCUCCCUGUAGCGCUGUCUUAGGCGUCUCACAGUACGGACAUUGCAAUUUAUUGCCCUGGCCACAUCUGCAGUCCUCAUGCCUCCUUGCAGCAUGCCUAAGGCAUAUUGACCCUGUAUAUAGUAUGCUUACCCCUAUACAUACAUCCCCCUUGGUGUUUUUCCUAUUUUGUUGCAUUACAACCUGUAAUUUAUAUUGAUUCUUUUAAUGUAAUGGACAUACACAAAAUAGUCCAAAUUGGGUGAAGUGUAAUGAAAAAAAGAACUUGUUUCAGAAAAUUCCUUCAGAAGUCACAUAAUUGCACACAGGUGGACUUUAUUAACUAAGUGUCACAUGAUCUGUCACAUGAUCUCAGUAUAUAUACACCUGUUCUGAAAGGCCCCAGAGUCUGCAACACCACUAAGCAAGGGGCACCACCAAGCAAGCGGCACCAUGAAGACCAAGGAGCUCUCCAAACAGGUCAGGGACAAAGUUGUGGAGAGGAACAGAUCAGGGUUGGGUUAUAAAAACAUAUCCAAAACGUUGAACAUCCCACGGAGCAACAUUUAAAUCCAUUAUAAAAAAAUUGAAAGAAUAUGGCACCACAACAAACCUGCCAAGAGAGGGCCGCCCACCAAAACUCACGGACCAGGCAUGGAGGGCAUUAAUCAGAGGCAACAAAGAGACCAAAGAUAACCCUGAAGGAGCUGCAAUGCUCCACAGCGGAUAUUGGAUUAUCUGUCCAUAGGACCACUUUAAGCCGUACACUCCACAGAGCUGGGCUUUACGGAAGAGUGGCCAGAAAAAAGCCAUUGCUUAAACAAAAAAAUAAGCAAACACGUUUGAUGUUCACCAAAAGGCAUGUGGGAGACUCCCCAAACAUAUGCAAGAAGGUACUCUGGUUAGAUGAGACUAAAAUUGAGCUUUUUGGCCAUCAAUGAAAACGCUAUGUCUGGCGCAAACCCAACACCUCCCAUCACCCCGAGAACACCAUCCUCACAGUGAAGCAUGGUGGUGGCAGCAUCAUGCUGUGGGGAUGUUUUUCAUCGGCAGGGACUGGGAAACUGGUCAGAAUUAAAUAAAUAAUGGAUGGCGCUAAAUACAGGGAAAUUCUUCUUGAGGGAAACCUGUUUCAGUCUUCCAGAGAUUUGAGACUGGGACGGAGGUUCACCUUCCAGCAGGACAAUAAGCAUACUGCUAAAGCAACACUCAAGUGGUUUAAGGGGAAACAUUUAAAUGUCUUGGAAUGGCCUAGUCAAAGCCCAGACCUCAAUCCAAUUGAGAAUCUGUGGUAUGACUUAGAAAUUGCUGUACACCAGCGGAACCCAUCCAACUUGAAGGAGCUGGAGCAUUUUUGCCUUGAAGAACGGGCAAAAAUCCCAGUGGCUAGAUGUGCCAAGCUUACAGAGACACCCCAAGAUACUUGCAGCUGUAAUUGCUGCAAAAGGUGGCUCUACAAAGUAUUGCCUUUGGGGGUGGGGGGGGGGGUGGGGUGAAUAGUUAUAUAUAUAUUAUUUAUUUAUUUAUUUUAUUUUUAUAAAUAUUUUGCAUCUUCAAAGUGUUGUGUAAAUCAAAUGAUACAAACCCCCCAAAAAAUCAAUUUUAAUUCCAGGUUGUAAGGCAACAAAAUAGGAAAAAUGCCAAGGGGGGUGAAUACUUUCACCUUACCCCUAUACAUAUGUCUCGUGUGUUUUUUGUUGUACCUUAUCUAAUUUUUAGUGCUACAUUGAUAUUGAUUACUGCAUUGUUGUGUUUGGAGCUUGACACAGUAGUUGUGACAUUAAAACUGGAAAAUAGGCAGCACGGUGCAUCGUUUCAAGUUUUAAUGGGAAUGGCCGGCAGGGAUGUAGCUCAGUUGAUAGAGCAUGGCGUUUGCAACGCCAGGGUUGUGGGUUCGAUUCCCACAGGGGGUAUGAAAAAAUAAAAUAAUGUAUGCACUAACUGUAAGUCGCUCUGGAUAAGAGCGUCUGCUAAAUGACUAAAAAAAUAGGCAGCACGGUGCAUCGUCCAGAAACAAACAUCUCUUUAACAUAAAAUCAAUGUUAGAAUUUUAUAACUAGUUUUCAUUAGGAAAGUAGAUAAAGCGUUUUUAUCAAAACACAGAAUCCUAUUAAUUACUACACAUAAUUAAUUACGUGUUUUGUUUUGAGCCUGCUUUUUCGUCUGACAGAGCGGGGCACCUGGCUCACGCCCUGGAGGCAGCCCGGUUCCAAAUCGAAUGCAAUCAACUUUCAGCCGGUGCAAAACAAGCCUACACGGGCGCCCGGGGCGAGAUUAAUCAUACCCCCUCAGUCUCUGGCAAUAGAGGGGUUAGCUGACAACGUCACGAAAACGAUGCGCACGCUUCAAUGGGGCAGAAGUCCACGUGUUGUGGUUCUGGAGGGCCAGAUGGCUAGCAACAAUGACAAGAAGCUGCCAUGUGGGGAAUCGUGGUGGCUCGUUUCAGCUAGUUUUAUCUUGUUCUUCGUGCCAUGUCUUGUUUUGACUGAUCUAUUUUGCCACCUAUGCUAAUAUGCUAGCUAGCUAGCUAGCUAACAACAACUCUAAUGUUGUAUUUGAGAGACAAGAGCUCGUUGUGCAAAUGUAUUUAUGUUUUCAAUAAACAUUUGGAGACUAAAUAUAGUUUACAUGUUGUUAUUCUAAGCCCCGUCUGUUUUUCCCCACAAUUUUGUAGACAUUCCAGAAACCACAGUCGCUCUGAUUCUGUGUGUACAUUGAUCUCCAAAAAUGGUGAAUCUCGAGUCAUAGGCUCCGAAUCUGUCAAUCGUCAAUCCUUCAUCUGUUUGUCUAAAAGUACAGGGGAGGUAAAGCCCAUGUGGUGGAGAAUGUAUUCACUUCCACCAGUAGUUCCACAUUAGUGCAGAUGUGAGGAAGCAGGAAGUGUGUGGUCUGUUCUUACUCUGUGGUGUCUGAUUCAGGAAGUGUGUGGUCUGUUCUUACUCUGUGGUCCCUGUUGUUUGUAGGAGGGACAGUAACCUGGUGAAGGAGGAAAUCAAAACCUUCCUCAACAACCGCAGGAUCUCCCAGGCCAUCGUGGGACAGGUCACAGGUAAUGCAUCUAUUCUGCUCAGACAGCUUUUAGUGUACCGGUGGCAUCUGUUUUCUAGUGUGUACUGUUUACAUCGUUUUGUAUGACUAUUACUGUCUUUCUCUCUAGGAUAUUUUAUAUUGCGUUCUCCCUGGCUCUCCUCUUCUCCUCUUCUUAUCUACCUUCCUUCUCCUCCUCUCCUCUCCUUAGGUAUCAGUCAGUUAUAUCUCCUCUCCCUAGGUAUCAGUCAGGUUUAUCUCCUCUCCCUAGGUAUCAGUCAGUUAUAUCUCCUCUCCCUAGGUAUCAGUCAGUUAUAUCUCCUCUCCUCUCCUUAGGUAUCAGUUAGUUAUAUCUCCUCUCCUCUCCCUAGGUAUCAGUCAGUUAUAUCUCCUCUCCCUAGGUAUCAGUCAGAGUUAUAUCUCCUCUCCCUAGGUAUCAGUCAGAGUUAUAUCUCCUCUCUCCCUAGGUAUCAGUCAGAGUUAUAUAUCUCCUCUCCUCUCCCUAGGUAUCAGUCAGUUAUAUCAUCUUAUCUCCUCUCCCUAGGUAUCAGUCAGUUAUAUCUCCUCUCCUCUCCCUUGGUAUCAGUCAGUUAUAUCUCCUCUCCUUAGGUAUCAGUCAGUUAUAUCUCCUCUCCCUUGGUAUCAGUCAGUUAUAUCUCCUCUCCUCUCCCUAGGUAUCAGUCAGAGUUAUAUCUCCUCUCCCUAGGUAUCAGUCAGUUAUAUCUCCUCUCCUCUCCCUGGGUAUCAGUCAGAUAUAUCUCCUCUCCCUAGGUAUCAGUCAGAUAUAUCUCCUCUCCCUAGGUAUCAGUCAGAUAUAUAUCCUCUCCUCUCCCUAGGUAUCAGUCAGAUAUAUAUCCUCUCCUCUCCCUAGGUAUCAGUCAGAGUUAUAUCUCCUCUCCCUAGGUAUCAGUCAGAUAUAUCUCCUCUCCCUAGGUAUCAGUCAGAUAUAUCUCCUCUCCCUAGGUAUCAGUCAGAGAUAUCCCCUCUCCUCUCCCUAGGUAUCAGUCAGAGAUAUCCCCUCUCCUCUCCCUAGGUAUCAGUCAGAGUUAUUCUCCUCUCCCUAGGUAUCAGUCAGUUAUAUCUCCUCUCCCUAGGUAUCAGUCAGAUAUAUCUCCUCUCCCUAGGUAUCAGUCAGAUAUAUCUCCUCUCCCUAGGUAUCAGUCAGAGAUAUCCCCUCUCCUCUCCCUAGGUAUCAGUCAGAGAUAUCCCCUCUCCUCUCCCUAGGUAUCAGUCAGAUAUAUCUCCUCUCCCUAGGUAUCAGUUAGUUAUAUCUCCUCUCCCUAGGUAUCAGUCAGUUAUAUCUCCUCUCCCUAGGUAUCAGUCAGUUAUAUCUCCUCUCCCUUGGUAUCAGUUAGUUAUAUCUCCUCUCCUCUCCCUAGGUAUCAGUCAGAUAUAUCUCCUCUCCCUAGGUAUCAGUCAGAGUUAUCUCCUCUCCCUAGGUAUCAGUCAGAUAUAUCUCCUCUCCCUAGGUAUCAGUCAGAGUUAUAUCUCCUCUCCCUAGGUAUCAGUCAGAGUUAUAUCUCCUCUCCCUAGGUAUCAGUCAGUUAUAUCUCCUCUCCUCUCCCUAGGUAUCAGUCAGUUAUAUCUCCUCUCCCUUGGUAUCAGUCAGAGAUAUCUCCUCUCCUCUCCCUUGGUAUCAGUCAGAGUUAUCUCCUCUCCCUAGGUAUCAGUCAGAUAUAUCUCCUCUCCCUAGGUAUCAGUCAGAGUUAUAUCUCCUCUCCCUAGGUAUCAGUCAGAGUUAUAUCUCCUCUCCCUAGGUAUCAGUCAGUUAUAUCUCCUCUCCUCUCCCUAGGUAUCAGUCAGAGUUAUAUCUCCCAGUGGUUGCUGCAGCAGGGCUUGGAGAUGAGCGACUCCAAACGCAGAUCUUUCUACCGCUGGUACCUGCUGGAGAGGAACAACCCAGGUAACAACCACGGUAGGAGGGGGGGGCUACUGUUGGCUAGUCUAUGGUGCUAGGGGAGGAAGGGGUUAAUGUUGACUCUAUGACAAUUUAAGUGAUCUUGGAAGCUGCUUGUGCUUGCCAUCUGUCCCUCUGUACAUUUUAGUUUAUGUCCCAUCCCUAUUGGCCAAGCAUUGUGACACGGACGGACUCGCUCACACACACCACACACAUGGUCCUGGAGGGAUAGAUAGAGUUCCGUGAAGGACGGAGGUCAGGUCAGGAGGUCAGGAGACAGAGAUAUUUAUGACUCGUAGUAGGAUAAAAACAUAACUGUUACUGUAGAUACUAAUCAAUAAUGUGAAAGGAAUCUGGUUUGAAUGAAUGUGGUUUCCAUCUAGCUAUAUCUUAAAGGGAUAGUUCUAGAUUUUGGCAAUUAAGCUCUAUUUUUGGCAAUUAAGCUAGCGGUUCCUGUCGACCUUACUGUCUUUGCGCUAACGCUAGUUAGCAAUGGCUCCAGAAACUACCUUCAACUUCGUUCAAACUGCACAGAGACAUACAAAUGGUGUCCAUGAGUUCAUCUGACUCUGGUUAAGUAAAACAAAAAAAAAAGGGUUAAUUUUCCAAAUCUCCAACUAUCCUUUUAAGACAAGUUAGAGUAACAUCAUGAUCUGGUAAGAGGAUAACACCACCUUCAGACAUGUGUGGGACUGUUUUCUAAACCAUACUAAACUUUUUUGCUCAAUUAUACAUCAGCGAAGACGUAGCCUACAUAAUGGAAUGUUUAGGCUAUGUCCCAUUUUUUUUUUUGUCUUUGAGUCACCAUACAAGUCACAUGAGCAAAAAUGCAUGAAAUAAGCCCUCAUCUCACCAUCCCCGCUUCCUCUCCUUCCCAAGCUUUGCCACAGCUUCUGUGGUACUCAGACCUGAUCCUGGAGGUGCUGGUUUUCAUUCCUACAUGGCUAACAAUUAAUAACCCUAUCUAACACUAACAGUGAUGCUAAUUCUGGAUCCUGAUGCUAACAUGUUGUCUAGCAUUUCUCUAUGCCAUUUCUACCAAGCAGGCACUUAAUAAUGCUACAAUUAUUAGCUUCUUAGGAGCUGUAUACCUGUUCAGAACAGAACUCAACGAUCAGUAGGAUUCCGUUAUAGAACAUGUCUGGCCUGCCAUUUUAAUAAACUAUAUUCCUGUUGAUGGACAUAUAAACAGGUGAUUUUUGACUGCAAGUGGCAACUUGGCUUCUGCUAAAACCCUCAAACCAAUACUGCCAAAACUCUGUCUCCCUAUAUCUGGCUUUGGCCUGACCACUGGUUUGGUUUUGUCCUGACUGAAGGGCUGAGGUGGAGUGAAAGCCAGCACGGCCCGGCGGGUCUGGGGCUCGGUGGUCUCGGUCAGGGGUUGGGCCAAAACCCGGGCUCUGGACCCAGGGCAGCCAGGGGAGGGGACAGAGACGUCAUGGUGACGGGCAACGCCGCUACGUGCACCACGGCCACUUCAGCCGUGACCGCCUCCACCACCUGGGGCAGACAGAGAGAGCUGCUGAUGCACCUGCUGCCAUGGUACACUGCAGCCGCUGCCGCACAGCCAGGUAACCACCAGCCACAGCCAGGUAACCAGCAGCCACAGCCAUGUAACCACCAGCCACAGCCAGGUAACCACCAGCCACAGCCAGGUAACCACCAGCCACAGCCAGGUAACCACCAGCCACAGCCUGGUAACCACCAGCCACAGCCAGGUAACCACCAGCCACAGCCAGGUAACCACCAGCCACAGCCAGGUAACCACCAGCCACAGCCAGGUAACCACCAGCCACAGCCAGGUAACCACCAGCCACAGCCAGGUAACCAGCAGCCACAGCCAGGUAACCACAGCCACAGCCAGGUAACCACCAGCCACAGCCAGGUAACCACCAGCCACAGCCAGGUAACCACCAGCCACAGCCAGGUGACCACCAGCCACAGCCAGGUAACCACCAGCCACAGCCAGGUAACCACCAGCCACAGCCAGGUAACCACCAGCCACAGCCAGGUAACCACCAGCCACAGCCAGGUAACCACCAGCCACAGCCAGGUAACCACCAGCCACAGCCAUGUAACCAGCAGCCACAGCCAGGUAACCACCAGCCACAGCCAUGUAACCAGCAGCCACAGCCAGGUAACCACCAGCCACAGCCAUGUAACCAGCAGCCACAGCCAGGUAACCACCAGCCACAGCCAGGUAACCACCAGCCACAGCCAGGUAACCACCAGCCACAGCCAGGUAACCACCAGCCACAGCAGACACAGCCAGGUAACCAGCAGCCACAGCCAGGUAACCAGCAGCCACAGCCAGGUAACCACCAGCCACAGCCAGGUAACCACCAGCCACAGCCAGGUAACCACCAGCAACAGCCAGGUAACCACCAGCCACAGCCAGGUAACCACCAGCCACAGCCAGGUAACCACCAGCCACAGCCAGGUAACCAGCAGCCACAGCCAGGUAACCACCAGCCACAGCCAGGUAACCACCAGCCACAGCAUACACAGCCAGGUAACCACCAGCCACAGCCAGGUAACCACCAGCAACAGCCAGGUAACCACCAGCCACAGCCAGGUAACCACCAGCCUCAGCCAGGUAACCACCAGCCACAGCAGACACAGCCAGGUAACCAGCAGCCACAGCCAGGUAACCACCAGCCACAGCCAGGUAACCACCAGCAACAGCCAGGUAACCACCAGCAACAGCCAGGUAACCACCAGCCACAGCCAGGUAACCAGCAGACACAGGACACAGGAAACCUUCCCCCUUAAAUCCUCCUGACCAAAACAGGGUGAUCAACUCCACUCCUCCAGGUUUGUAGUGCAGUGUGUUCUGCGUUUACAUUUAGUUUUGUGUCUUGUUUCACAUUUUAAUUUUCUUUUUGGCCAAAGUAGAUUUUGGAAUGGAAUAAAGGUGGGAGGAAUAUGCUGUAUUUGUUUUUUAGACUCAAUAUGGCCCUGUCUGUCUGAGACAUGGAGGACUGGAGUUGAGCACCCCUGUCUGUCUGAGCCAUGGAGGACUGGAGUUGAGCACCCCUGUCUGUCUGAGCCAUGGAGGACUGGAGUUGAGCACCCCUGUCUGUCUGAGCCAUGGAGGACUGGAGUUGAGCACCCCUGUCUGUCUGUGAGCCAUGGAGGACUGGAGUUGAGCACCCCUGUCUGUCUGAGCCAUGGAGGACUGGAGUUGAGCACCCCUGUCUGUCUGAGCCAUGGAGGACUGGAGUUGAGCACCCCUGUCUGUCUGAGACAUGGAGGACUGGAGUUGAGCACCCCUGUCUGUCUAUGAGCCAUGGAGGACUGGAGUUGAGCACCCCUGUCUGUCUGAGCCAUGGAGGACUGGAGUUGAGCACCCCUGUCUGUCUGAGACAUGGAGGACUGGAGUUGAGCACCCCUGUCUGUCUGAGACAUGGAGGACUGGAGUUGAGCACCCCUGUCUGUCUGAGACAUGGAGGACUGGAGUUGAGCACCCCUGUCUGUCUGUGAGCCAUGGAGGACUGGAGUUGAGCACCCCUGUCUGUCUGUGAGCCAUGGAGGACUGGAGUUGAGCACCCCUGUCUGUCUGUGAGCCAUGGAGGACUGGAGUUGAGCACCCCUGUCUGUCUGUGAGCCAUGGAGGACUGGAGUUGAGCACCCAUGUCUGUCUGAGACAUGCCUGUCAUCACAUGGCCUAGCCUGCAUGCCUACAGUGCCUUAGGAAAGUAGUCAGACCCCUUCCCUUUUUCCACAUUUUGUUACGUUACAGCCUUAUUCUAAAAUGGAUUAAAUCACAUUGUUUUUCCUCAUCAAUCUACACAAAAUGCCCCAUAAUGAAAAAGCGAAAACAGGUUUUUAGAAAUGUUUGCAAAUGUAUUAAAAAUAAAAAUAGAAAUGCCUUAUUUACAUAAAUAUUCAGACCCUUUUCUAGGAGGCACGAAAUUGAGCUCCGGUGCAUCCUGUUUCCAUUGAUGAUCCUUGAGAUGUUUCUACAACUUGAUUGGAGUCCCCCUGUGGUAAAUUCAAUUGAUUAGACAUGAUUUGUAAAGGCACACAAUUGUCUAGAUAAGGUCCCACAGUUGACAGGGCAUGUCAGAGCAAAAACCAAGCCAUGAGGUCGAAGGAAUUGUCCAUAGAGCUCCGAGACAGGAUUGUGUCGAGGUACAGAUCUGGGGAAGGGUACCACAAAAAUUCUGCCGCAUUAAAGGUCCCCAAGAACACCGUGGCCUCCAUCAUUCUUAAAUGGAAGAAGUUUGGAACCACCAAGACUAUUCCUAGAGCUGGCCGCCCGGCCAAACUGAGCAAUCGGGGGAGAAGGGCCUUGGUCAGGAAGUUGACCAAGAACCCGAUGGUCACUCUGACAGAGCUCCAGAGUUCCUCUGUGGAGAUGGGAAAACCUUCCAGAAGGACAACCAUCUCUGCAGCAUUCCACCAAUCAGGCCUUUAUGGUAGAGUGGCCAGAUGGAAACAACUCCUCAGUAAAAGGCACAUGACAGCCCAAAGACUCUCAGACCAUGAGAAACAAGAUUCUGUAGUCUGAUGAAACCAAGAUUGAACUCUUUGGCCUGAAUGCCAAACGUCAUGUCUGGAGGAAACCUGGCACCAGAGAUCCUUGAUGAAAACCUGCUGCAGAGCGCUCAGGACCUCAGACUGGAGCAAAGGUUCACCUUCCAACAGGACAACGACCCUAAGCACACAGCCAAGACAACGCAGGAGUGGCUUCGGGACAAGUGUCUGAAUGUCCUUGAGUGGCCCAGCCAGAGCCCGAUCGAACAUCUCUGGAGAGACCUGAAAAUAGCUGUGUAGCGACGCUCCCCAUCCAACCUGACAGUGCUUGAGAGGAUCUGCAGAGAAAAAUGGGAAAAACUCCCAAAUACAGGUGUGCCAAGCUUGUAGCAUCAUACCCAAGAAGACUCGAGGCUGUAAUCACUGCCAAAGGUGCUUCAACAAUGUACUAAGUAAAGGGUCUGAAUACUUAUGUAAAUGUGAUAUUUCCGUUUGUUCUUCUUUUUUUUGCAAAAUGUUCUAAAAACCUGUUUUUGCUUUGUCAUUAUGGGGUAUUGUGUGUAGAUUGAAGAGGGGGGGAAAACUAAUCCAUUUUAGAAUAAGGCUGUAAUGUAACAAAAUGCGGAAAAAGUCAAGGGGUCUGAAUACUUUCCGAAUUCACUGUAUGUCCACUGUCGGCCUUCCUGGUGUGGGGGAUUUUGUUAAUUUGUAAAUGUUAGCUUGUCUUGAAACAGUUUUAUACUUAGCAAAAGAAAAUGGUUAUUGAACAAUCAGGCUACUAGUUGCAAUCAGUGAUCUUUUUUUGUAGGUGUGCCUUCUCCUCCAUUAUUUUCCUUCUCAUCUCUCCCUCUGUCGCCCCCUGUAGGUGCUACCCUGUCGAUGCGCUCCCUGGUGAAGGAGGAGCCUGAUUGGAGGAUGGGGGUCAGUCCCGGGGAGAGGGGCGGGGUGGUGGGCGGUCCUCUUAGGCUGCGGAGGGGAAGCAGAUUCACCUGGAGGAAGGAGUGCCAGUCAAUCAUGGAGAGGUGAGCCAAUCACAGACCCUGAUUGGGUCAGGUUUCCACGACAACAUACAGAUCCAAAACGGAUGAAUCACCCAGCUAUUGGCUGCCCGGGCUUUCGUUCUAGCCCAGCACUAACCAAUGGUGGUUGAGUCUUUUCAUGUUAGUGAUUCUGUCUCUAAAACCUUUAGGGGUGCGUUCAUUUCGCUUCAACAUUUGCUACGUUGCGGUUUUGUAUUGAAUGACACGUUUCCUCAAAACGGUGCCUUUUGAGGUACGUUUGCUCCCGUUAGGUGGGUGUGGUGAGGUGUGGCCUGAUCAAUAUGGGUGUGACCCAUUUUUGAAAUGGGUUGACGGUUGGGGAAAUUGCUUGAGCACUGCACAAAAUAUUCUAGAACACUGCUUUGUGGACAUGUACAGGUUUAUGGACUCUACUAGGCCAGUGGUCACCAACCCUGGUCCGGGCUGGAGGGCUGUGGGGUGUCCAGGCUUUUAUUCUAGCCCAGCACUAACUAAUAAUAGUGGUUGAGUCUAUUGAGGUUAGUGAUGGGGCCUCUAAAACAGUCCACGUGAUUCAAUGUUUUGUUGUGCGACCAGGGGUUGUAUUUUGGGAGUACUGUGCGACUAUGGAAAAAAAAAUAAAAAUAAAUCUCCCAGAUAAUAUUUGUUGUAAUAAGGAUUCACUGUACUGUUGUUUCACCAAUAUCACAGCGAAAAACGACUCGCUUCUAGCUCAACCAGGUCAAAAGAUCUGACCUACAGUACAUUUUACAUUUGAGUCAUUUAGCAGACACUCUUACCUAGACUGACUAGACAGUUCAUUCAGCUAGAGAAGGUGGCACCUGUCACCAUCACACAGCUGUACAGCUAGUGCUGCUGCCUAGUCUGAUGGAGUAGAGUCAUGCCGGAUGUGACUGUGAUCAGAUCAUUUAAUCUAGAGAGUCCAGUCUACCACCCCUGUUUACUGACCACUCCUGUCCUACUACCGCCAACCUGUAGAUUAAACUAUGAUUUAAUUCAUUUCAUUAUCAAGGUGUGUCAUUUUGUGGUUCUCUUUCAUUGCAAAAACACUUUGAUUUCAUCGGGUGUUUUGUAAAUUGCAUGCCACUUGCACAAGGAAUGAACUUUGUUAUAUUUAAGGUCCAUGUGAAUGUUUUCGCUUUGUCAUUAUGGGGUAUUGUGUGUAGAUUGAUGAGGGGGGAAAAUAUAUAAAAUAUAUAUUUAAUCCAUUUUAGAAUAGCGCUGUAACGUAACAAGAUGUGGGAAAGGGAAGGGGUCUAAAUACUUUCCGAAUGCACUGUAUAUUACCGGCGCAAAAUCGUUUAUCGUACUAUAGCGGGAUCGCUGGGAGCCCAUUUUACAUUCAUAAACCAUGUCGUGGGCCGUUCGGAAACCACUCUCGCGUUGACGUCGUCGUUAACCAGUUGUUGACGCUUUGUUCAGUCAUGUUACCUCGUUGGUUAGCUAGCUGUGGGGGCACAGAAAGGGAAAAGGAUAGCUUCUUCAGGAGAUCAAUGAUCGUAGCAACACACCUUCAUUGAUUGCAAUGAAUGAAUGACACAUCUCCUCUUGCAUGUUGUCAUCACAAACCUGACGUUUUUUAAAGAGACAGUGUACAAUUUUCAAUGUAAUGCAUCUCAAUAGGAAAAUAGUGCUUUUAGACAAUGUAGAAACCUAAUAUUCCACAAAUGACUUUGGAAUUACAGGUAUUUGUAUCAACACUUAAGCUUUUUGUAAUAAUCUAAUGUAUUUACAGUGUUACAUAUUAGGUUAUAGGGCACAACAUGUGCAUCAAAAGCAUCUAGAAUUCAGAUAGGCCCAAUAUAUAGGCUUUCUCUCAAUCAAUGUAAAAAAAUAUAUUUUCUGGUGCUCCUAACUUUUUGUAAUAUGGGAACACCAGUGCUACCAAUGCAAUGUUUUAAUUUAGAGCCCAGUAUGUACCUAACAGAUUCUUUAUAACCAGUUUAUAACUGUUGUUUUUCAGUUUUUUUAAAGGAAAGCAUAUCCUAAUAUAAGCGGUGGACUCUGUGAUAUUUCUAAGCAGAGGGCGCUCUCGGUAAUGAGAAUACACAGGCACUUAGACCAGCCACGCCAACACACGGCUGUAUGGAUUACGCAAAGCCACUGCAGUGCUGCUUCUCUUCAGAGUCAUUCUGAAGGACGACACUGUAGAGGUUAUUGUGACGGCAGGAGGGAUGGAGGGAGGGAGGGAGGGAGAAGGAGGGAGAGACUGAGUAAGUGCUGCUCCUACAUUUUGUGAAGUUAUUCUUAUUCAGACAGAAAAGGGUAAAGAAGGACAAAUGGAGAGAGGAAGGAGAGAGGAGUGGAGAGAGGAGUGGAGAGAGGAGGGGGAAGGAGAGAGGAGGAGGGAGGAGUGGAGAGAGGUGGGGGAAGGAGAGAGGAGGAGGAAGGAGAGAGGAGGAGGGAGGAGUGGAGAGAGGUGGGGGAAGGAGAGAGGAGGAGGAAGGAGAGAGGAGGAGGGAGGAGUGGAGAGAGGAGGAGAGAGGAGGAGGAAGGAGAGAGGAGGGGGAAGGAGAGGAGGGGGAAGGAGAGAGGAGGAGGAAGGAGAGAGGAGGAGGAGGGAGGAGAGGAGGGGGAAGAGGAGAGGAGAGGAGAGAGGAGUGGAGAGAGGAGGAGGAAGGGGGAAGGAAAGAGAAGUGGAGAGAGGAGGAGGAAGGAGAGAAAAGUGGAGAGAUGGAUUGAGGGAGAAAGGAGUUGAGCACCCCUGUCUGUCUGAGGAGUAAGCGGUCGUCACUACCCCGUCUGUUUCUACAAUGUCUCUCCUUAAAACCCUAACCACACUGCUACGUUGUAUCUGUGGUAACUAGUGAAAACUAGUGGUGCAAUAUAUCUUUCUGUUUUUGUAAAAUGUUUAUUUGUAUUUUUUUAUGGCCUCCUAGGAGAGGAAAGGGAGAGUUAUAAAAACUGUACUGAAUGUAAUCGACCUAAUGUGUCCAUUAAUCUACUGUACCACUUCAAUGAGAGUGUCUCUGAUUGGUUAAUGGCCCUGAUUGAGGCUGAUGUAGCUGCACUCUCAUUGGCUGGAUGGUGUCUGGAUGAUGUGUUUCUCCCGCCUCCACUAUGAUGAGAGCUUUUGAUUGGUUAUGGUCAUGGGCAGGACUCUUCUUUCUGUUUUCUUAUUGGCUAUCAGUUUCUUCAUGGAGAACCAGUACCCUGACGAGGCAAAGAGAGAGGAGAUCGCUAAUGCCUGCAACUCCGUCAUCCAGAAACCUGGUCAGUUUGGUUUGUUUGUCUAGAACACACCUGCAACCAAUAUAUCCCUUAGGUCUCUCAAACCUCUGAUUUUGUCAAUCAAAUCCCAUGUUUAAAAGGCUCUCACUAGCAUGAAGAGGGAGCAGCUCACCCAACUUCAUGUAUUCACCCGUUCAUCUCUUUUCUGUUGUCAUUACCCAGGAUGCAAGCUGUCUGAGUUUGAGCGUGUCACGGCUCUGAAGGUGUACAACUGGUUCGCCAACCGCCGGAAAGAGAUGAAGAGGCGGGCUAAUAUAGGUGAGAAUCUCUAAUGCUCGAUACCAAGUCAUGCACGAUACCAAGUCAUACUCGAUACCAAGUCAUGCACAAAACCUAAUCGACCAAUAGCAGACCUCUUGGAACAUUGUGUAGAUCUGAGAGGAUUGGAUAGGUAUUAGCAAUAUGGUGAUAGCUCCACCUUUCCCUCUGCUAAGCUAGUUGGGAUUCUCACCAUGUUGCUUACAUCCAUCCGAUCCGUUCAGAUCUAGCAGAGGUGUCUACUGGUGGAGGGCAAGUGCUACAUUCUCUUACCUGUUGCUCCCACUCUCUCAUUCCUUAUUUACCCACCUUCCUCUUUCCAUCCUCCCCUCUCUCUCCAUCAGAGGCGGCCAUCUUGGAGAGUCAUGGUAUCGAGGUUCCCAGCCCGAGCUGUCACUCCAACGGGGAGGAGCUGGAGCCACAUGACUACGCAGAGCAAGUGAAUCAACGAUUCUUAGAGCGGGUGAGUCAGUGAAUCAACGAUUCUUUGAGCGGGUGAGUCAGUGAAUCAACGAUUCAGUUAGCGAUUUUGUUAAACUAUCCCCUGAAACAAUGAACUGAAUCGCAUGUAUCGGGAGACAACUGUUUAAUAAAUUAAUACCUUUUUCCUUCACAGGAAGAGAUUUCAUCCAGGAAGGACCUUGAUCCACAAGACCCCUCCUCAUUGGCUGCCGUCAAUGUCCUUCCCCCUCCUAGCCCCGCCCCUCAGGUCCUGGAACACAAAGCUGACGAAUCGAAAAGGGAGACUGUGGAUGAGGAGUGACCUAUGGGAGAUGUGGAUUUUUACAUAUAUAAUGGGAUAUAAAAAUGAAAAAUGACUGCUCUGAGUGUCUGUGUCCCCCUGGAGGUCUUCAUGGGCUAUGACUGCUCUGUGUCCCCCUGGAGGUCUUCAGGGGCUAUGACAGUGAGUUAAUAGUGGAAAAGGGUGCUACAGCUCGCUCUGGUGCCUCUAGUGGUAGGGAGGCCACUAUGUAUACAGUAAUCAUGCUUUAUAGUGAUGGCAAUAUUUAUCUCUAUCUCUCUGUAUGUAUUCCAAGACGGUCUUAAACGAAAGACAACUCCUUAGAAGGAAGAGGGUUGUACCGGUAAGCGGAUAUAUCGGCCCUUCUAUAAGCUAAAAGCCUUUCUUUAAAAAAUGUAUUUGCAACUUUUCUUUUUAAAGGUAUUGACAAGUGGUUGUGUAAAUGGACUGGAGAGUGGAGUGAGUAAGGAAUGUUUUGAACCUGCAGGUCAGGUGUGUUUGAUAAGGUGACAGGUGUGUUUGGUUGAAGUGAGCGAGGUGAGUUUGGUUGAUCUUUGGUGUGAUGAUAGUGUUUCCAUAAUAUCAACAUGAGGAUGCCUUCUCUGCUAGCUUGAAUGUCUUGACCCUAUCUUAGUAACCUUGUUAGACUUUGGGCUCAAUCAAUCGAUCGGACAAGUGAUCAAUCAAGUAGUCUGGUCAGAAGAGUCCAACCCUGAGGGACAAACGGAAUCUCAGGUAAACCCAAAGAUGGUGGAUGAAGAUGAUGAAUCGUCCAAUGGAAUGUUUCAUAUCAUACAAUACUGUUGACUGUUUUCUGCCAAAACAUGGACACCCAGUGAGUAAAAUGUGUUGAAAUGAUGUCUUUUCAACUAGUUCUCCUCACUGCGUCUACUAUGUAUUAUGUCUGUCUAUUGUUAAUGUCAGCAAGCCGAGCUAGCCCAUGGUUCCCCUUCUAUAUGCUUCCUCAUGCUCCUAUUUUGUCAGUGAAUGUCCAUUAAUCAAAGGAACAUUAUGUAUUAAUAACUAAUAGUAAUUAGUUAAUGAUGUCCCCCUUCUCUUAUCAACAUACAUUAACCAUUUCAAGUCUACUGUCCUCUGAAACCCAAAUAAGCUAGUCUGUAGUCUUAAAGGUUUGAGUUCUGCAAACGUUCUAGGUAACAUCACGUGUUGUUAAUCAUGACUUGUAAUGUCUAUGUGUGCCGUAAGCACCUCUCCUCAUUCUAGAAUAAGCUAAUCUUCAUAUAUGGUAUCUGUGUAUGACCGAAAGCUGCACUUCCUGGUGAUUCCUUUACUCCAUAUAUUUCCAAGAAGAGGAAAGAACACACACACACAACUAUGUUAAUGUAUUUGCACGUUCAUUUUGUGUCAACUCUUUGCUCCUGGUCAAAACCUUGGGUUUCUGGGAUGAAACUAAAUGACAUUUAUGCAUAUGUAACAAAAUUCUCUGCAUGUGUUUUUGCCUUCUUUAAAUGAUAUAGACAGUGUUUUAAGGAAACACUUGGUUUUGUUUCGAAUAAGGAUUUUUUGCUGUUCUCCCCCCUUAGCCACUGGCCCCAAGGCCUUAAGGGUUGUUAUUCUCUAUUGGUCAUGGAAUGCACCAAGUCAUUUCUGUCAUUAUCCUCACAGGGUUGAAUCCUAACUUCACAGACAAAUCCCUAACUCUGUGUCCUCUGCCUAAAUCAUACAUUUUAAAUAAAUGGGGAAGAUAUGCCUGAAAAGGCAAGUAGUAAAGCUUAAAGUGACUUCACUGGUUAAAUAAAACGAUAGGUUUCAGCCCCUAGAUGGUCAUGAAAUGUUCCGAACCGCUUUCCUGCAUGUGAUCCCCCCUCCCCCACAUUCUCAUAUAGGAACCAGUAGACACAGCUCAGUGUAUUCGGAAAAUAUUCACACCCCCUGACCUUUUACACAUUUUGUUACUUUACAGCCUUAUUCUAAAAUUCAUGAAAUAGUUUUUAAUUCCAUCCAUCUACACACAAUACCUCAUAAUGACAAAGCAAAAACAGUUUAUUGGUUUACACAUUUUAUAAAAAAUAAAACUGAAAUAUCACAUUUACAUACUGUAAGUAUUCAGACCUUUUACUCAGUACUUUGAAGCACCUUUUGGCAGCAAUUUACAGCCUCAAGUCUUCUUGGGUAUGAUGCUACAAGCUUGGCACACCUGUAUUUGGGGAGUUUCUCCCAUUCUUCUCUGCAGAUCCUCUCAAGCUCUGUCAGGUUGGAUGGGGAGCUUUGCUGCACAGAUAUUUUCAGGUCUCUCCAGAGAUGUUCGAAAGGGUUCAAGUCCGGGCUCUGGCUGGGCCACUCAAGGACAUUCAUAGACUUGUCCUGAAGCCACCCCUGCAUUGUCUUGGCUGUGUGCUUAGCGUUGUUGUCCUGUUGGAAGGUCAACGUUCUCCCCAGUAUGAGGUCCUGAGCGCAAGGAUCUCUCUGUACUUUGCUCUGUUCAUCUUUCCCUCGAUCCUGACUAGUCUCCCAGUCCCUGCCGCUGAAAAACAUCCCCACAGCAUGAUGCUACCACCACCAUGCUUCACCAUAGGGAUGGUGCCAGGUUUCCUCCACAUUUACAUUUACAUUUUAGUCAUUUAGCAGACGCUCUUAACCAGAGCGACUUACAGGAGCAAUUAGGGUUAAGUGCCUUGCUCAAGGGCACAUUAACGUCAUUUAGCAGACGCUCUUAGCCAGAGCGACUCACAAAUUGGUGCGUUCACCCUAUAGCCAGUGGGAUAACCACUUUACAAUUUGGGGGGGGGGGGGGGUUAGAAGGAAUACUUUAGCCUAUCCCAGGUAUUCCUUAAAGAGGUGGGGUUUCAAAUGUCUCCGGAAGGUGGUGAGUGACUCCGCUGUCCUGGCGUCGUGAGGGAGCUUGUUCCACCAUUGGGGUGCCAGAGCAGCGAACAGUUUUGACUUGGCUGAGCGGGAGCUGUGCUUCCGCAGAGGAAGGGGAGCCAGCAGGCCAGAGGUGGAUGAACGCAAUGUCCUCGUUUGGGUGUAGGGACUGAUCAGAGCCUGAAGGUACAGGGGUGCCGUUCCCCUCACUGCUCCAAAGGCAAGCACCAUGGUCUUGUAGCGGAUGCGAGCUUCAAUUGGAAGCCAGUGGAGUGUGCGGAGGAGGGGGGUGACGUGAGAGAAGGUUGAACACCAGACAGACAUGACGCUUGGCAUUCAGGCCAAAGAGUUCAAUCUUGGUUUCAUCAGACCAGAUAAUCUUGCUUCUCAUGGUCUGAGAGUCCUUUAGGUGCCUUUUGGCAAACUCCAAGCGGGCUGUCAUGUGCCUUUUACUGAGGAGUGACUUCUGUCUGGCCACUCUACCAUAAAGGCCUGAUUGGUGGAGUGCUGCAGAGAUGGUUGUCCUUCUGGAAUGUUCUCCCAUCUCUUCAGAGGAACUGUAGCUCUGUCAGAGUAACCUUCUCCCCGAUUGCUCAGUGUGGCUGGGCGGCCAGCUCUAGGAAGAGUCUUGGUGGUUCCAAACUUCUUCCAUUUAAGAAUGAUGGAGGCCACUGUGUUCUUGGGGACCUUUUAAUGCUGCAGAAAUUUUUCGGUACCCUUCCCCAGAUCUGUGCCUUGACACAAUCCUGUCUCGGAGCUCUACGGACAAUACCUUCGACCUCAUGGCUUGGUUUUUGCUCUGACAUGCACUGUCAAAUGUGGGACCUUUUUAUAUAGACAGGUGUGUGCCUUUCCAAAUCAUGUCCAAUCAAUUUAAUUUACCACAGGUGGACUCCAAUCAAGUUGUAGAAACAUCUCAAGGAAGAUCAAUGGAAACAGGAUGCACCUGAGCUCAAUUUCGAGUCUCAUAGAAAAGGGUCUGAAUACUUAUGUAAAUAAGGUAUUUCUGUUUUUUAUUUGUAAUACAUUAGCAAACAUUUCUAAAAAUCUGUUUUCGCUGUGUCAUUAUGGGGUAUUGUGUGUAGAUUAAUGAGAAAAAAUAACAAUUUAAUACAUUUUUGAAUACGGCUGUAACGUAACAAAAUGUGGAAAAAAGUCAAGGGGUCUGAAUACUUUCCGAAUGCACUGUAUGUCCCCUGAUUUAUCCCGGUUAUGACACAAACCACUGUUUAGGUUAGCACAUUAGCUUGAUCUAGGAUAUUGUAGGGAAUUUGGGAGUAGCCCCGACCAGGACUCGAACCUGGGUCCAGGGACUGUCAACCCAACAGCUUUGCCGUUACGCCAAGAGAUCCAAUCCCCUUGAAGGGGUUGCUCGGUGUUGGUUUAAAGUCGCUGCAAUAUCUACAGUAACUCUAGCCAAGUAGCUGACCUCAAAUCUGGGUUAGGGUCAUGACAGGAGGUUAUAAAGUCAGUGGUCAUAUACAUAGCAUUAGCUGUCACGACUGUUUUAUGACACCUGUUAUGUUAUUGCUGAGCCAGCGUUCUGUAGGUCGGACGUUAGCGAGCCGGCGUAAAGUUAUGUUACAACAGUGCAAUAACUACAGACUAGGGGUGUUCCCACGGGGGGCCAGUAUAAAAAAUAUAUAUGUAUUCACUAACUGUAAGUCGCUCUGGAUAAGAGCGUCUGCUAAAUGACUAAAAUGUAAAUGUAAAUGUUGCACAAUUCCGGUAACUUUCCCCAAAAAUUCCCAGGUUUUCCAGGAAUCCUGGUUUGGAAGAUUACUGAAAUGAGGAGAGCACAAGCAGGAAUUCUGCAACCAGGGAAUGUUCGGGAAGUUACUGGGAUUGUGCAACCGAGGGGGACGGGGUUGAAGUUGCCACUAGACACUGUUCUAAGGCCUGCUAUAGGAUCAGGGUAUGUUGAAUGGAGGAUAAGAUGAUCCUAGAUCUGUUCCAAUUGACAAGAGGGAUAUAGUUACCCAUGGACACUGAUAUUAAGUCAGUUAUGUGUCCUCCCCCCAUAAUGAUUAAUGGAGGGUAAUCUGAUCCUAUACUGAACAAAAAUAUAAAACGCAACUUGCAACAAUUUCAAAGAUUUUGACUGAGUUUAUAGAAGGAAAUCAGUCAAUUGAAAUAGACUCAUUCGUCCCAAAUCAAUGGAUUUCACAUAACGGCGGUGGUGCAGCCUGGGAGGGCCAGCCAAUCAGAAUGAGUUUUUCCCCACAAAAGGGCUGUAUAACAGACAUAAAUACGGGCUGGCAUGGUUUCACGUGGUCUGCGUUUGUGAGGUCGGUUGGAUGUACUGCCAAAUUCUCUAAAACAAUGUUGGAGGCGGCGCUGUUGGACAGUCCUGCAGUCAGCAUGCCAAUUCCACGCUCCCUUAAACGUGAGACUUCUGUGGCAUUGUGUUGUGACCAAAUUGCACAUUUUAGAGUGACCUGUUGUCCCCAGCACAAGGUGGGGAAAUAAGCUUUUUGUGCAUAUGGAAAAUUUCGGGGAUCUUUUAUUUCAGCUCAUGAAAAAUGGGACCAACACUUUACAGGUUUGCGUUUAUAUAUUUGUUAAGUAUAGAUCUGUGGUCAGGGGCAACUUGUAUCUCAGGCUCUCCGUACAGACAGACAGGACCCUUAAAGACUAUCUAAAGGUCUCCUUUUCUGUCUGCUUUUACCAGACAACUAAAAAAUAAACAUGUAAACAAACUUUAGUGUUGUUUGGUGUCAUCGGUCUGACCAUGUAAAGUCAUUUAAAAAGUACAGUGUGUAUGUAUGCAGUACAGUGUAAUUCCAGUGUAGGUUUACAUAGUUCCCAUAUAUCAUUACAAAGUACCGGCCUGUAAUAACUUAUGUAGAUGCAUGUAAAGACAAAGGGAGACUUUUAUGGAUUUGUUUUUUUUGUGGGAGACUCAAGCCUGUGACUUCUCUUUUUCACCACCAGGUGGUGACAUGUUGGCCAUUGUAGGCUGAUGUAAAAGUCCCCUGUCUAGUCUGACAUACCAGACCUAAGGCAACUGGUAACAUUGUGGGAUGCCAGCUGGCUUGUCUAGAUCACAGGUGUCAAACUCAUUCUGUGGAGGGCAGAGUGUCUGCAGGUUUUCACUCCACCCUUAAUUAUGAACUCCCCCUCACCUGGGGUGUAUUCAUUACGUCUUUGCGACGCAAAACAUUUACCAUUUAAGAACCAAAAUGGAAGCAAAACGGAACAAAAAACGGGGAGGAACCUAGCUGCAUUUGUCUAAUAGAAACUGGUUUAAGUUGCAAAACAUUUGGAGUAAACGAUUUCUGUUCUGCAAAAAAAGUUUUGUAACAGACAAUGUUUUGCAACAGAAUUAGCGUAAUGAAUACACCCCUGGUACUUUAGGUCUUAAAUUGGACACUAAAUUAAACUAGCAGACACAAGGAAUGAGUUGGACAGCCCUGGUCUAGACUCUAGGGAGACUAUUGCCUGGCUAAAGACAAGUCAGACACUCAUUACUGUUGUUUCCUAAUCUCUGGCUGAAUCCAUGUAUUACGGUGUCUGGUUUCACACUGAGUGGCCUAGUUACAGUUAUGAGUAAAUCGGCGUGAAAAGCCGAUUAGUAAGAAUGUCUCACCCCAUGUUCCAGAAUGUCUCACCCCAUGUUCCAGAAUGUCUCACCCCAUGUUCCAGAAUGUCUCACCCCAUGUUCCAGAAUGUCUCACCCCAUGUUCCAGAAUGUCUCACCCCAUGUUCCAGAAUGUCUCACCCCAUGUUCCAGAAUGUCUCACCCCAUGUUCCAGAAUGUCUCACCCCAUGUUCCAGAAUGUCUCACCCCAUGUUCCAGAAUGUCCUUUUUCCCUUUAAACAGAUUACAACCCAUCACUUUUGGUUAUUGAAGAAGAAAAAAAUCUAUAUUGCUAUUUUUAAAACAAGCCAUAGAAGGUUGGUUGCAAUUUCAGUUUAAUCCACCAGAAAACACAGAACAAAUAUUACAACAAAUAUUAUGGUUAAACUCAAAUAUACUAAUACAUAACCAAUUAUUUUUAGAGAACAUGUUUAAAAAAGGUAUAAUCUUUGUUAAUGAUAUCAUAAAUAGGACUGGUGGAGUUAUGUUACACAUGCAGCUAACAAAAAAAUAUGGAAACGUCUGCUCUACUCAAAAUUACAAUCCAGGUAUGCAAAGCUCACAGCUGUAAUCGCUGCCAAAGGUGAUUCUAACAUGUAUUGACUCAGGGGGUUGAAUAUUUAUCUAAAGAAAAUGUAUUAGCAAUAAUUGAAUAUCUACGUAAGUAAAAGUUAACAAUAACGAAAAAUAUUAAAAAUUAAACGACAAAGCUAGUAAAACAAGUAAUGUAAUUAUUUCCCAUGUUCAUUGUUUCAGAUGUAUGUUCCCUUCAACCCCAGUAUGCAGUGCAUUCGGGAAGUAUUCAGAGCCCUUGACUUUUUCCACAUUUUGUUACGUUCCAGCCUUAUUCUAAAAUGAAAUAGUUAUUUUUUUCUCUCAUUAAUCUACACACAAUACCACAAAUGUAUUAAAAAUAAAAAACGGAAAUAAAACAUUUACAAAAGUAUUCAGACCCUUUACUCAGUACUUUGUUGAAGCACCUUUGGCAGCGAUUACAGCCUCAAGUCUUCUUGGGUAUGGCGCUAGAAGCUUGGCACACCUGUUUUUGGGAAGUUUCUCCCAUUCUUCUCUGCAGAUCCUCUCAAGCACUGUCAGGUUGGAUGGGGAGCGUCGGUGCACAGCUAUUUUCAGGUCUCUCCAGAGAUUUUCAAAUCGGGUUCGGGCUCUGGCUGGGCCACUCAAGGACAUUUAGAGACUUGUCCCAAAGCCACUCCUGCAUUGUCUUGGCUGUGUGCUUUGGGUCGUUGUCCUGUUGGAAGGUGAACCUUUGCUCCAGUCUGAGGUCCUGAGCGCUGUGGAGCAGGUUUUCAUCAAGGAUCUCUCUGUACUUUGCUCCGUUCAUCUUUCCCUCUUUCCAGACUAGUCUCCCAUUUCCUGCUGCUGAAAAACAUUCCCCACAGCAUUAUGCUGCCACCACCAUGCUUCACCGUAGGGUUGGUGCCUGGUUUCCUCCAGACGUGACACUUGGCAUUCAGGCCAAAGAGUUCAAUCUUGGUUUCAUCAGACCAGAGAAUCUUGUUUCUCAUGGACUGAGAGUCCUUUAGGUGCCUUUUGGCAAAUCAUGUCCAAUCAAGUGAAUGUACUACAGGUGGACUCCAAUCAAGUUGUAGAAACAUCUCAAGGAUGAUCAUGGAAACAGGAUGCACCUGAACUCAAUUUCGAGUCUCAUAUCAAAGGGUCUGAAUACUUAUGUAAAUAAGGUAUGUUUUUUAAUACAUUUGCCAACAUUUCUAAAAACCUGUUUUCGCUUUGUCAUUAUGGGGUGUAGAUUGAUGAGGAAAAUAAGCCUGUAACGUAAGAAAAUGUGGGAAAAGUCGAGGGGUCUGAAUACUUAACGAAUGCACUGUACACAGGAAAAUAAAUGAAAACAUUGUGAACAAAUGUCUAACGAACAAAUGGUAAAUGGCAUUUCUCCUGCUCUGGAAAACAGGUUAUGCCAUAGGGCUCUGGUCAAAAGUAAUGCACUAUAUAGGGAAUAGGGUUCCAUUUGAUAUUUAUGGCUACCUGCUGUUGUCCAUUCAUUCACUCGUUUCCCAUAAACACUGUUCUGGAAUGUUGCUAGUUUCAUCUCCCACCACAGCUAUCAGAUUGCUAACCCCCUCAGGUCUGUAAUGAGGAUCUCAAUAGCAGCUUUGUGUCUAGUUUCUUUCCUAGUCAUCUAGUUUCGAAAUGAAAACUGUGAUUCGUGGUUACUGCCAGACAGCCAACUUGAUUUACAGCUUUCUCAGGUCCAGGAAGGAUGAUAACAUGAGACUACUAGACCAGAAACACACUAUGGACUUGGCAGAGAACCUUAAACUUCAGGGUACACUGGGGCUAGGAGGUGAGGCGUCCGAAUCGCAGUUGGAUGUCUUUGCCACUAUAGGAUUAGUGUUCUAGUCACAAGUUUGUUCACGCCCAGUUAUUUCUGCCAUAUUUUGUGAUGUAUAUGUGGCUUUCCUUGUCCGUUUGUGUCGUAAGUAAAGAACUAUGAGGACAAUGACCAGGACUCCUGCAGGGAUGAAAAACAACAGCAGUGUAGAUCUGUCUCUGGGACAGUCGUCAUGGUUUCUCCUGAUUGACACUGUUGACACAACAGAACAAAUUAUAAACAGUGGCAAAAUUAUUAAACACCCAGUAUAUAUCCACCCUGAAGAAGUCAGUAAUAUAAUAUAUUUGAUUUUAUUAGGAUCUAUUUUAGUCCUCAUUUGGACUAAUCUUCCAGGAGUACUUAAACAUUAAAAUAUAAUUUACAAUACAAUCACAUUUUCACAUACAGUAUAACACACUGUUACAAACAACAUACAUAAUACACUGCCACAAUGACCAGAUAAAUACUCUGACAGUCUGAAAAGAUAGAUUUGUUCCUUCAUCUACCAUAGUCAAUGUAUUAUAUGGUUCUAAAGUAUUGUUUGAAUGUACAGUACCAGUCAAAAGUUUGGACACACCUACUCAUUCAAGGGUUAUUCUUUAUUUUGACUAUUUACUACAUUGUAGACUAAUAGUGAAGACAUCAAAACUAUGAAAUAACACAUAUUGAAUCAUGAAGUAACAAAAAAGUGUUAAACAAAUCAAAAUAUAUUUGAGAUUGGAGAUUCUUCAAAGUAACCACCCUUUGCCUUGAUGACAGCUUUGCACACUCUUGGCAUUCUCUCAACCAGCUUCACCUGGAAUGCUUUUCCAACAAUCUUGAAGGAGUUCCCACAUAUGCUGAGCACUUGUUGGCUGCUUUUCCUUCACUCUGCCGUCCGACUCAUCCCAAACCAUAUCAAUUUGGUUGAGGUCGGGUGAUUGUGGAGGCCAGGUCAUCUGAUGCAGCUCUCCAUCCCUCUCCUUCUUGGUCAAAUAGUCCUUACACAGCCUGGAGGUGUGCCGAGUCAUUGUCCUGUUGAAAAACAAAUGAUAGUCCCACUAAGCGCAAACCAGAUGGGGGAAGACAUAUCGCUGCAGAAUGCUGUGGUAGCCAUGCUGGUUAAGUGUACCUUGAAUUCUAAAUAAAUCACAGACAGUGUCACCAGCAAAGCACCCCACACAAUCACACCUCCUCCUCCAUGCUUCAAGGUGGGAACCACACAUGCAGAGAUCAUCCGUUCACCUACUCUGCUUCUCACAAAGACACUGCGGUUGGAACCAACAAUCUCAAAUUUGGACUCAUCAGACCAAAGGACAGAUUUCCACCGGUCUAAUGUCCAUUGCUUGUGUUUCUUAGACCAAGCAAGUCUCUUCUUAUUAUUGGUGUCCUUUAGUAGUGGUUUCUUUGCAGCAAUUUGACCAUGAAGGCCUGAUUCACGCAGUCUCCUCUGAACAGUUGAUGUUGAGAUGUGUCUGUUACUUGAACUCUGUGAAGCAUUUAUUUGGGCUGCAAUUUCUGAGGCUGGUAACUAUAAUGAACUUAUCCUCUGCAGAAGAGGUAACUCUGGGUCUUCCUUUCCUGUGGCGGUCCUCAUGAGAGCCAGUUUCAUCAUAGCGCUUGAUGGUUUUUGCGACUGGACUUGAAGAAACUUUCAAAGUUCUUGACAUUUUCCGGAUUGACCUUCAUGUCUUAGGGCUAUCUUCUGUAUACCACCCCCCUACCUUGUCACAACACAACUGAUUGGCUCAAACACUUUAAGAAGGAAAGAAAUUCCACAAAUUAACUUUUAACAACGCAUACCUGUUAAUUGAAAUGCAUUCCAGGUGACUACCUCAUGAAGCUGGUUGAGAGAAUGCUAAGAGUGUGCAAAGCUGUCAUCAAGGCAAAGGGUGACUAUUUUAAUAUAUAUUUUGAUUUGUUUAAGCCUUACUACAUGAUUCUAUGUGUGUUAUUUCAUAGUUUUGAGGUCUUCACUAUUAUUCUACAAUGUAGAAAAUAGUAAAAAUAAAGAAAAACCCUUGAAUGAGUAGGUGUGCCCAAACUUUUGACUGGUACUGUAUAUAUAUAUAUAUAUAUAUAUAUAUAUAUAUAUACAUAUAUAUAUAUAUAUAUAUAUAUAUAUAUAUAUAUAUAUAUAUAUAUAUAUAUAUAUAUAUAGUGUACAGCGCCUUCAGAGUGUAUUCAUACCCCUUGACUUAUUCCACAUUUUUUGUGUUACAGCCUGAAUUCAAAAUGAAAUAGAUUGUUUUCUCUCACCCAUCUACACACAAUCCACCAUAAUGACAAAGGGAAAACAUAUAUUUAGACAUUUUGGCAAAUGUAUUGAAAAUGAAAUACAGAAAUAUCAAUUUACAUAAGUAUUCACACCCCUGAGUCAAUACUUUGUAGAAUCACCUUUGGCAGUGAUUACAGUUGUGAGUCUUUCUGGGUAAGUCUCUAAGAGCUUUGCACACAUGGAUUGUGCAACAUUUGACCAUUAUUCUUUUCGAAAUUCUUCAAGCUCGGUCACAUUAGUUGUUGAUCAUUGUUAGACAACCAUUUUCAAGUCUUUCCAUAGAUUUUCAAGUAGAUUUAAGUUAAAACUGUAACUCGGUCACUCUGAAACAUUCACUGUCUUCUUGGUAAGCAACUCCAGUGUAGAUGUGGCAGUAUGUUUUGGGUUAUUGUCCUGCUGAAAGGUGAAUCCAUCUCCCAGUGUCUAGUGGAAAGCAGACUGAACCAGGUUUUCAUCUAGGACUUUGCCUGUGCUUAGCGCCAUUCUGUUUCUCUUUUAUCCUGAAAGACUCCCCAGUCCUUAACAAUUACAAGCAUACCCAUAACAUGAUGCAGCCACCACUAUGCUUGAAAAUAUGGAGAGUGGUAUUCAGUAAUGUGUUGUAUUGGAUUUGCUCCAAACAGAACACUUUGUGUUGAGGACAAAAAGUUAUUUUCUGUGCCACAUUUUUACUUUAGUGCCUUGUUGCAAACGGGAUGCAUGUUUUGAAAUAUUUUUUAUUCUGUACAGGCUUCCUUCUUUUCACUCUGUCAAUUAGGUUAGUAUUGUGGAGUAACUUCAAUGUUGUUGAUCCAUCCUCAGUUUUAUCCAUUCACAGCAAUUAAACACUGUGACUGUUUUAAAGUCACCAUUGGCCUCAUGGUGAAAUCCCUGAGCGGUUUCCUUCCUCUCCGGCAACUGAGUUAGGAAGGACGCCUGCAUCUUUGUAGUGACUGGACGUCUUGAUACACCAUCCAAAGUUUAAUUAAUAACUUCACCAUGCUUAAAGGGAUAUUCAAUGUCUGCUUCUUUUUUAACCCAUCUACCAAUAGGUGCCAUUCUUUGCGAGGCACUGAAAAACCUCCUUGGUCUUUGUGGUUGAAUCUGUGUUUGAAAUUCACUGCUCGACUAAGGGUCCUUACAGAUAAUUGUAUACAGUGCCUUCGGAAAUUAUUCAGACCCCUUGACUUUUUCCACAUUUUGUUACGUUACAGCCUUAUUCUAAAAUUGAAUAAAUACAUGUUUUUCCUCAGCAAUCUACACACAAUACCCCAUAAUGUCACGACUUCCUCCUAAGCUGCCUCCUCUCCUUGUUCGGGCAGGCUUCGGCGUUCGUCGUCACCGGCCUUCUAGCCAUUGCCGCAUCACAUCGCAUCAUUCCAUUUGUUUUGUUUUGUCUAUUACACACACCUGGUUCAUAUCCCCUCAUUAGUAUGUGUAUAAGUGUUCCCUCUGCCCCCUUGUCCUUGUGGGUGAUCGCUUAAUGUGAGGAGAGUAGCUCGGUUGAGCUCAGUGUAUUUUGUAUUGCCGGGGUAUAUUUUCCCUGUGUGCCUGUUUUGUUCCAGUGUGCCUGUUUUGCACACUGGACUGUUUGACGCUAUUCUGCGUAACUCUGUAUUCCGGAAUAAACUCUGUAUUCUGUGAUUUACACUCCUGCGUCUGACUCCUUCAAAUCACAGAAUCAAAGGAAGCGAUGGAUCGGGUUCUCCAGGUCGUCCAACACCUGGAGAGGAGAGGACCCGAUCUGUCGAGACCAGCUGGGCGACCGGAUCCAGCCACCCACACCCCAGCACACAGAGGGAUCCAGAUAUCCCGACCACGGGAUUUCGACAGGGACAGCUGCUCUCUGCCAGGGAUUCCUCCUCAAACUGGAUCUCUUCUAUUCCAGCAUCAGGCCGGCCCCAUCGGAGCGGGAGAAGGUGUCUUCCCUCGUCUCCUGCCUCUCAGGGAAAGCCCUGGAGUGGGCCAACGCAGUUUGGAAUGAAGGAGGAGCCGUGUUGGACAACUACGGGGAGUUCGCUCGCCUCUUUCGGGCUGUCUUCGAUCACCCGCCCGAGGGUAAAGAGGCGGGCGAGCGGCUGGUCCACCUGAGGCAGGGGACGAGGACUGCGCAGGACUUCGCCCUGGAGUUCCGGACUCUAGCAGCUGGGUCCGGGUGGAACGAGCGGGCCCUCAUCGACCACUUCCGGUGCCAUCUGCAGGAGGAUGUCCGAAGGGAGCUAGCCUGCCGGGACACCAUGUUGUCCUUCAAUCAACUGGUGGACAUGGCCAUCCGCUUGGACAAUCUGCUGGCGGCCAGAGGACGUCCUGGAGGGGGUCUGCCCGUUCCAACCCCGCCUGACUCGGAUCAUGUGCUGAUGGAGCGGUAGAGUGGAGGAUGACAGCGCCAGUGUCUGACUCCUUCAAAUCACCCAUCACACAAGCGAAAACAGGUUUUUAGAAAUGUUUGCACAUUUAUUGAAAAAAAAAAAACAGUAAUACCUUAUUUACAUAAGUAUUCAGACCCUUUGCUAUGUGACUCGAAAAUUGAGCUCCGGUGCAUCUUGUUUCCAUUGAUCAUCCUUGAGAUGUUUCUACAACUUGAUUGGAGUCCACCUGUGGUAAAUUCAAUUGAUUGGACAUGAUUGGAAAAGCACAUACCUGUCUAUAUAAGGUCCCACAGUUGACAGUGCAUGUCAGAGCAAAAACCAGCCUUGAGUCUUCUUGGGUAUGACGGUAAAAGCUUGGCACCCUUUCCAAAUUAUGUCCAAUCAAUUGAAUUUAUCAUAGGUGGACUCCAUUCAAGUUGUAGAAACAUCAAGGAUGAUCAAUGGAAACAGGAUGCACCUGAGCUCAAUUUCGAGUCUGAUAGCAAAGGGUCUGAAUACUAAUUUAAAUAAGGUAUUUCUCAAGGGGUCUGAAUAUAUAUAUAUAUAUAUAUAUAUAUAUAUAUAUAUACACACACAAAAGUAUGUGGACACCCCUUCAAAUUAGCGGAUUUAGCUAUUACAGCCACACCUGUUGCUGACAGGUGUAUAAAAUCUAACAUAGCAUUCAAUCGCCAUAGAAAAACAUUGGCUGCAGAAUGGCCUUACUGAAGAGCUCAGUGACUUUCAAUGUGGCACCAUCAUAGGAUGCCACCUUUCCAACAAGUCAGUUCGUCAAAUUUCUGCCCUGCUAGAGCUGCCCCGGUCAACUGUAAGUGCUAUUAUUGUGAAGUGGAAAUGUCUAGGAGCAACAAUGACUCAGCCGCGAAGUGGAAGCCACACAAGCUCAAAGAACGGGACCGCCGAAUGCUGAAGUGUGUGGCACGUAAUAAUCGUCUGUCCUCGUUUGCAACACUCACUACCGAGUUCCAAACUGCCUCUGGAAGCAACAUCAGCAUAAUAACUGUUUGUCGGGAGCUUUAUGAAAUGGGUUUCCAUGGCCGAGCAGCCGCACAAAAGCCUAAGAUCACCAUGUGCAAUGCCAAGCAUCGGCUGGAGUGGUGUAAAGCUCGCCGCCAUUGGACUCUGGAGCAGUGGAGUGAUGAAUCACGCUUCACCAUCUGGCAGUCCGAGGGACGAAUCUGGGUUUGGCGGAUACCAGGAGAACGCUACCUGCCCGAAUGCAUAGUGCCAACUAUAAAGUCUGGUGGAGGAGAAAUAAGGGUCUGUUUUUCAUGGUUCGGGCUCCUUAGUUCCAGUGAAGGGAAAUCUUAACGCUACUGCAUACAAUGACAUUCUAGAUGAUUGUGUGCUUCCAACUUUGUGGCAACAGUUUGGGGAAGGUCCUUUCCUGUUUCAGCCUGACAAUGCCCCCAUGCACAAAGCGAGGUCCAUACAGAAAUGGUUUGUCGAGAUCAGUGUGGAAGAACUUAACUGGCGUGCACAGAGCCCUGAUCUCAACCCCAUCGAACACCUUUGGGAUGAAUUGGAACACUGACUGCGAGCCAGGCCUAAUCGCCCAACAUCAGCGCCCGACCUCACUGACGCUCUUGUAGCUGAAUGGAAGCAAGUCCCCGCAGCAAUGUUCCAACAUUCAGUGGAAAGCCUUCCCAGAAGUGUGGAGGCUGUUAUAGCAGAAAAGGGGGGGGGACCAACUCCAUAUCAAUGCCCAUGAUUUUGGAAUGAGAUGUUCGACGAGCAGGUGUCCACAUACUUCUGGUCAUGUGGUGUAGCUAGCUACGUUCCCUAGCUACAGUUACAGUUAUAGAAUUCUGUAAAGAACUUGCUUUCUAUUUUCAACCCAGCCUCCCGGCCCUGGGACAGACGGACACACGCAACAUCAGGGGAUUUAGGUUCCUCUUUCUAAUAAUAGGUUGCGGUUGAGAGAUAAUUACAUUGGCCUGGAUGUUCCCAUGGUAGGGUGUGGGUAAUUUAUGUGUUGUAAACACUGCUCAGCCCCUACAUUAAAGGAUUAGCUUAUUCCAGAGUAAAUGUUUGUCAGACAUGUCACGCAAUAGUUGGCAUGGAAUAUUGUCUCGGCUUGACUCAGUGUCACAGGUUGGGUCUGAACCCCAGUCUCCCACAAGAGGAACCAGGCAUCUUAACCAGUAGCCAAAUAGGAACUUCACUCUUCGCCAAAGGGUGACAGUAUCUAUGUUUCCAUGAACUUGUCCAAUGUUAUUUUUUUUGUUGACGUUUAGAAAGUUUGCAUAGAAAAUAGAUGUGACGAUUGGUGCGUUUCCAUUCAACCAUCUUCUGUCGAUUAAAUCAGCUGGACGUGAUGACGUCACACACAAAAUAUGCAAAAGUAUUCACCACCCUUGGAAUUGUUCCUAUUUUGUUGCCUUACAACCUGUAAUAAAUAAACAAAAUGGGGGGGGGGGUUUGUAUCAUUUGAUUUACACAACAUGCCUACCACUUUGAAGAUGCAAAAUAUUUUUUAUUGUGAAACAAACAAGAAAUAAGACAAAAAAAAAAAAAAAAACUUGAGCGUGCAUAACUAUUCACCCACCUAUUCACCCACCCUACAUAUCCCAUAGAAACCAAUCCAUCAUAAUGAAGCAGUAAUCUCUGGAUACACCCCAUCACCCACCCUACAUAUCCCAUAGAAACCAAUCCAUCAUAAUGAAGCAGUAAUCUCUGGAUACACCCCGUCACCCACCCUACAUAUCCCAUAGAAACCAAUCCAUCAUAAUGAAGCAGUAAUCUCUGGAUACACCCCAUCACCCACCCUACAUAUCCCAUAGAAACCAAUCCAUCAUAAUGAAGCAGUAAUCUCUGGAUACACCCCAUCACCCACCCUACAUAUCCCAUAGAAACCAAUCCAUCAUAAUGAAGCAGUAAUCUAUGGAUACACCCCAUCACCCACCCUACAUAUCCCAUAGAAACCAAUCCAUCAUAAUGAAGCAGUAAUCUCUGGAUACACCCCGUCACCCACCUUACAUAUCCCAUAGAAACCAAUCCAUCAUAAUGAAGCAGUAAUCUCUGGAUACACCCCAUCACCCACCCUACAUAUCCCAUAGAAACCAAUCCAUCAUAAUGAAGCAGUAAUCUCUGGAUACACCCCGUCACCCACCCUACAUAUCCCAUAGAAACCAAUCCAUCAUAAUGAAGCAGUAAUCUCUGGAUACACCCCGUCACCCACCCUACAUAUUCCAUAGUAACCAAUCCAUCAUAAUGAAGCAGUAAUCUCUGGAUACACCCCAUCACCCUACUGUAUACUACCAACAUUGUUGACGUUUAAUUAAUCCUUUGACUCUAAACAAGAGUGUUCAGUUUAGUUUCAGUUUCAGACCUAUAUUCUAUAUUAUUUUCUUAAAGUGCCAAUAUCACAAUAUGUGAUUGGUACAGCCAUUAUUAGCCUAAAUAAAUUCUGGACUAAAAAUGUGCUUAACAAGUCACAUAAUACGUUUCAAAGAGUGUUUAACAUGAUUUUUGAAUGACUACCUCAUCUCUCUCCACACAUUAAAUUAUCUGUAAGGUCCACAAAGACCAGGCAGGUCUUCCAAUGCCUCGCAAAGAAGGGCACCUAUUGGUAUAUGAAAAAUCAAAAAUCAAAGCAGACAUUGAAUAUCCCUUUGAGCAUGGUGAAGUUAUUAAUUACACUUUGGAUAGUGUAUCAAUACACCCAGUCACUACAAAGACAUAGGCGUCCUUCCUAACUCAGUUGCUAAAGUGGAAGGAAACCGAUCAGGGAUUUCACUAUGAUGCCAAUGGUGACUUUAAAACAGUUACAGAGUUGAAUGGCUGUGAUAGGAGAAAACUGAGGAUGGAUCAACAACAUUGUGGUUACUCCACAAUACUAACCUAAUUGACACAGUGAAAACAAGGAAGCCUGUACAGAAUAAAAAUAUUCCAAAACAUGCAUCCUGUUUGCAAUAAUGCACUAAAGUAAAACUGCAAAGAAAUUGGCAAAGAAAUGACAUUUAUGUCCUGAAUACAAAGUGUUAUGUUUGGGGCAAAUCCAACACAACACAUCACUGAGUACCACUCUCCAUAUUUUCAAGCAUGGUGGUGGCUGCAUCAUGUUAUGGGUAUGCUUGUCAUCGGCAAGGACUAGGGAGUUUUUUAUGAUAAAAAUAAACGGAACAUAGCUAAGCAUAGGCAAACUCCUAGAGGAAAACCUGGUUCAGUCUGCUUUCCAACAGACACUGGGAGACAAAUUCACCUUUCAGCAGGACAAUAACCUAAAACACAAAGCCAAAUAUACACUGGAGUUGGUUACCAAGAUGACACUGAAUGUUCCUGAGUGGCCUAGUUACAGUUUUGACUUAAACCGUCUUGAAAAUCUAUGGCAAGACUUGAAAAUGGCUGACUAGCAAUGAUCAACAACCAAUUUUUAAAAGAAUAAUGUGCAAAUAUUGUACAAUCCAGGUGUGCAAAGCUCUUAGAGACUUACCCAGAAAGACUCACAGCCGUAAUUGCUGCCAAAGGUGAUUCUAACAUGUAUUGACUCAGGGGGUUGAAUACUUAUGUAAAUGAGAUAUUUCUCAUCAAGAUAGUGUUUUAUUUUUAUUUUUAAAAAAUGUUAGAAUUUGUCUUCCACUUUGACAUCACAGAGUAUUUUGUGUAGAUCGUUGACCAAAAAAUAUAUAUUAAAUCAAUUUCAAUCCCACUUUGUAACACAACAAAAUGUGGAAAAAGUCAAGGUGUGUGAAUACAUUCUGAAGGCACUGUAAAUACCUCAUGAGCUUAGUUCAACAGUCUUACCCCAUCAGAACCCAACAUAUACAGUUCCGUGAAAAGGUACUUGCCCCCUUUUAAAUUUCUCUACUUUUGCAUAUUUUUGAUACUGAAUGUUAUCAGAUCUUCAACCAAAACCUAAUAUUAGAUCAAGGGAACCUGAGUGAACAAAUCACACAACAAUUACAGUGAGGGAAUAAAGUAUUUGAUCCCCUGCUGAUUUUAUACGUUUGCCAACUGACAAAGACAUGAUCAGUCUAUAAUUUUAAUGGUAGGUUUAUUUGAACAGCGAGAGACAGAAUAACAACAAAAAAAUCCAGAAAAACGCAUGUCAAAAAUGUUAUAAAUUCAUUUGCAUUUUAAUGAGGGAAAUAAGUAUUAAACCCCUCUGCAAAACAUGACAUGGCAAAACCCUUGUUGGCAAUCACAGAGGUCAGACGUUUCUUGUAGUUGGCCACCAGGUUUGCACACAUCUCAGGAGGGAUUUUGUCCCACUCCUCUUUGCAGAUCUUCUCCAAGUCAUUAAGGUUUUGAGGCUGACGUCUCCAGACCUUAAUGUGCUUCUUCUUGAGCCACUCCUCUGUUGCCUUGGCCAUGUGUUUUGGGUCAUUGUCAUGCUGGAAUACCCAUCCACAACCAUUUUCAAUGCCCUGGCUGAGGGAAGGAGGUUCUCACCCAAGAUUUGACGGUUCCUGGCCCCGUCCAUCGUCCCUUUGAUGCGGUGAAGUUGUCCUGUCCCCUUAGCAGAAAAACACCCUCAAAGCAUAAUGUUUCCACCUCCAUGUUUGACGGUGGGGAUGGUGUUCUUGGGGUCAUAGGCAGCAUUCCUCCUCCUCCAAACACGGCGAGUUGAGUUGAUGCCAAAGAGCUCGAUUUUGGUCUCAUCUGACCACAACACUUUCACCCAGUUCUCCUCUGAAUCAUUCAGAUGUUCAUUGGCAAACUUCAGACGGGCCUGUAUAUGUCCUUUCUUGAGCAGUGGGACCUUGAGGGCGCUUCAGGAUUUCAGUCCUUUACGGCGUAGUGUGUUACCAAUUGUUUUCUUGGUGACUAUGGUCCCAGCUGCCUUGAGAUCAUUGACAAGAUCCUCCCGUGUAGUUCUGGGCUGAUUCCUCACCGUUCUCAUGAUCAUUGCAACUCCACGAGGUGAGAUCUUGCAUGGAGCCCCAGGCCGAGGGAGAUUGACAGGUCUUUUGUGUUUCUUCCAUUUGCGAAUAAUCGCACCAAUUGUUGUCACCUUCUCACCAAGCUGCUUGGCGAUGGUCUUGUAGCCCAUUCCAGCCUUGUGUAGGUCUACAAUCUUGUCCCUGACAUCAUUGGAGAGCUCUUUUGUCUUGGCCAUGGUAGAGAGUUUGGAAUCUGAUUGAUUGAUUGCUUCUGUGGACAGGUGUCUUUUAUACAGGUAACAAACUGAGAUUAGGAGCACUCCCUUUAAGAGUGUGCUCCUAAUCUCAGCUCGUUACCUGUAUAAAAAAGACACCUGGGAGCCAGAAAGCUUUCUGAUUGAGAGGGGGUCAAAUACUUAUUUCCCUCAUUAAAAUGCAAAUCAAUUUAUAACAUUUUUGACAUGCGUUUUUCUGGAUUUUUUUGUUGUUAUUCUGUCCCUCACUGUUCAAAUAAACCUACCAUUACAAUUAUAGACGGACCAUUUCUUUGUCAGUGGGCAAACGUACAAAAUCAGCAGGGGAUCAAAUACUUUUCCCCCCUCACUGUACACACUUAUUUCUGAAAACAAAGUUAUGCAACACCCAAUGCCCCUGUGUGAAAAAGUAAUUGCCCCCUUAUGCUAAAUUACUGGUACGCUUCCUGUAGUUGUUGUCUUUGGCACACUCUUCCAUGAUGAUUGGUCCCAUUAAGUCUGGCGAAAACCAAACACUGCAUUCCCACAGUAUAAUAAUAAGCCAUUUAGCAGACUCGUUUAUCCAAAGCGACUUACAGUCGUGCGUGCAUACAUUUUUUUGUGUAUGGGUGGUCCCGGGGAUCGAACCCACUACCUUGGCGUUACAAGCGCCGUGCUCUACCAGCUGAGCUACAGAGGACCACAGUAAGAACCUCAUACCAACAGUCAAGCAGGUGAUGGUUUAGAGAUGCUUUGCUUCCUCAGGAUCUGGACGACUUGCCUUAAUAGAAGGAACCAUGAAUUCUGCUCUGUAUCAGAGGAUUCUAAAGGAGAAUGUCAGGCCAUCCGUCUGUGAGCUGAAGCUGAAGCACAGCUGGUUGAUGCAGCAAGACAUUGAUCCAAAACACACAAUCAAGUCUACAUGAAAAUUGUUUAAAAAAGCAACACAUUUAAAGUUUUGGAAUGGCUUAGUCAAAGUCCUGACCUAAUCCCAAUUGAGAUGUUGUGGUAGGACUUGACACAAUCAGUUCAUGCUUGAAAACCCACAAAUGUCGCUGAGUUAAAGCAGUUCUGCAUGCAAGAGUGGGCCAAAAUUCCUGAUUGGUCAACAACUACAGGAAGCAUUUGGUUGCAGUCAUUGCAGCUACAGGUGGCACAACCAGUUACUUUCUCACAGAGGGGAUUUGGGUGUUGCAUAACUUUGUUAAUUAAAUAAAUAAAACAGCCCUGUAAGCUUGCUUUAUUCCAUGUUAGUAAAACAUAUAAUGGUAAACAAACACUGUAUUCAAAACAUGUUUAAAACUAUAUUUUUGAUCUCAUGAAUGGCCAGUCUUUGCAUCCAUAGCUCUGUCUAUGACAUUUAUAGAAUGGUCACAUUUCUCCAUCCCCACCCCUCAGCCAUUUACCAAAAAAGGGCAGAUGACUGCUUUGUUAUUGUUUGAAUCAAAUCAAAUCAAAUCAAAUGUUAUUGGUCACAUGCGCCGAAUACAACAGGUGCAGACAUUACAGUGAAAUGCUUACUUACAGCCCUUAACCAACAGUGCAUUUAUUUUAAACAAAAAAAGUAAGAAUAAAACAACAACAAAAAAAGUGUUGAGAAAAAAAGAGCAGAAGUAAAAGAAAGUGACAGUAGGGAGGCUAUAUAUACAGUAAAAUAAAGUGACAGUAGGGAGGCUAUAUAUACAGGGGGGUACCGUUGCAGAGUCAAUGUGCGGGGGCACCGGCUAGUUGAGGUAGUUGAGGUAAUAUGUACAUGUGGGUAGAGUUAAAGUGACUAUGCAUAAAUACUUAACAGAGUAGCAGCAGCGUAAAAAGGAUGGGGUCGGGGGGGCAGUGCAAAUAGUCCGGGUAGCCAUGAUUAGCUGUUCAGGAGUCUUAUGGCUUGGGGGUAGAAGCUGUUGAGAAGUCUUUUGGACCUAGACUUGGCACUCCGGUACCGCUUGCCGUGCGGUAGCAGAGAGAACAGUCUAUGACUAGGGUGGCUGGAGUCUUUGACAAUUCUGAGGGCCUUCCUCUGACACCGCCUGGUAUAGAGGUCCUGGAUGGCAGGGAGCUUUGCCCCAGUGAUGUACUGGGCCGUACGCACUACCCUCUGUAGUGCCUUGCGGUCAGAGGCCAAGCAGUUGCCAUACCAGGCGGUGAUGCAACCAGUCAGGAUGCUCUCGAUGGUGCAGCUGUAGAAUUUUUUGAGGAUCUGAGGACCCAUGCCAAAUCUUUUUAGUCUCCUGAGGGGGAAUAGGCUUUGUCGUGCCCUCUUCACGACUGUCUUGGUGUGUUUGGACCAUGAUAGUUCGUUGGUGAUGUGGACACCAAGGAACUUGAAGCUCUCAACCUGUUCCACUACAGCCCCGUCGAUGAGAAUGGGGGCGUGCUCAGUCCUCUUUUUUUUCCUGUAGUCCACAAUCAUCUCCUUUGUCUUGGUCACGUUGAGGGAGAGGUUGUUGUCCUGGCACCACACGGCCAGGUCUCUGACCUCCUCCCUAUAGGCUGUCUCAUCGUUGUCAGUGAUCAGGCCUACCACUGUUGUGUCGUCUGCAAACUUAAUGAUGGUGUUGGAGUCGUGCCUGGCCAUGCAGUCAUGUGUAAACAUGAACUCCCGAGUGGCGCAGUGGUCUAAGGCACUGCAUCGCAGUGCUAGCUGUGCCACUAGAGAUCCUGGUUCGAAUCCAGGCUCUGUCGUAGCCGGCCGUGACCGGGAGACCCAUGGGGCGGCGCACAAUUGGCCCAGCGUCGUCCAGGGUAGGGAAGGGAAUGGCCGGCAGGGGUGUAGCUCAGUUGGUAGAGCAUGGCGUUUGCAACGCCAGGGUUGUGGGUUCGAUUCCCAUGGGGGUAUGAAAAAUAAAAAAUGAUGUAUGCACUCACUAACUGUAAGUCGCUCUGGAUAAGAGCGUCUGCUAAAUGACUAAAAUGUAAAUGUAAACAGGGAGUACAGGAGGGGACUGAGCACGCACCCCUGAGGGGCCCCCGUGUUGAGGAUCAGCGUGGAAGAUAGGUUGUUACCUACCCUUACCACCUGGGGGCGGCCCGUCAGGAAGUCCAGGAUCCAGUUGCAGAGGGAGGUGUUUAGUCCCAGGAUCCUUAGCAUAGUGAUGAGCUUUGAGGGCACUAUGGUGUUGAACGCUGAGCUGUAGUCAAUGAAUAGCAUUCUCAUGUAGGUGUUCCUCUUGUCCAGGUGGGAAAGGGCAGUGUGGAGUGCAAUAGAGAUUGCAUCAUCUGUGAUCUGUUGGGGCGAUAUGCAAAUUGGAGUGGGUCUAGGGUUUCUGGGAUAAUGGUGCUGAUGUGAGCCAUGACCAGCCUUUCAAAGCACUUCAUGGCUACAGACGUCAGUGCUACGGGCCAGUAGUCCUUUAGGCAGGUUAUCUUAGUGUCCUUGGGCACGGGGACUAUGGUGGUCUGCUUGAAACAUGUUGGUAUUACAGACUCAGUCAGGGACAUGUUGAAAAUGUCGGUGAAGACACUUGCCAGUUGGUCAGCACAUGCUCGGAGUACACGUCCUGGUAAUCCGUCUGGCCCUGCGGCCUUGUGAAUGUUGACCUGCUUAAAAGGCUUACUCACAUCGGCUACGGAGAGCAUGAUCACAUAGUCAUCCGGAACAGCUGGUGCUCUCAUGCAUGCUUCAGUGUUGCUUGCCUCGAAGCGAGCAUAGAAGUGGUUUAGCUCAUCUGGUAGGCUUGUGUCACUGGGCAGCUCGCGGCUGUGCUUCCCUUUGUAGUCUGUAAUAGUUUUCAAGCCCUGCCACAUCCGACGAGCGUCAGAGCCGUGUAGUACAAUUCAAUCUUAGUCCUGUAUUGACUCUUUGCCUGUUUGAUGGUUCGUCGGAGGGCAUAGCGGGAUUUCUUAUAAGCGUCCGGGUUAGAGUCCCACUCCUUGAAAGUGGCAGCUCUACCCUUUAGCUCAAUGCGGAUGUUGCCUGUAAUCCAUGGCUUCUGGUUGGGGUAUGUACGUACGGUCAAUGUGAGGACGACGUCAUCGAUGCACUUAUUGAUGAAGCUAGUGACUGAUGUGGUGUACUCCUCAAUGCUAUCUGAAGAAUCCCGGAACAUGUUCCAGUCUGUGCUAGCAAAACAGUCCUGUAGCUUAGCAUCUGCGUCAUCUGACCACUUUUUUAUUAACCAAGUCACUGGUGCUUCCUGCUUUAGUUUUUGCUUAUAAGCAGGAAUCAGGAGGAUAGAGUUAUGGUCAGAUUUGCCAAAUGGAGGGCGAGUGAGAGCUUUGUAUGCGUCUCUGUGUGUGGAGUAAAGGUGGUCUAGAGUUUUUUUUCCUCUGGUUGCACAUGUAACAUGAUGGUAGAAAUGAGGUAGGACGGAUUUAAAUUUCCCUGCAUUAAAGUGCCCGGCCACUAGGAGCGCUGCCUCUGGGUGAGCGUUUUCCUUUGCUUAUGGCCUUAUACAGCUCAUUGAGUGCAAUCUUAAUGCCAGCAUUGGUUUGUGGUGGUAAAUAGACAGCUAUGAAAAAUAUAGAUGAAAACUCUCUUGGUAAAUAGUGUGGCAAAACCUCGAGACUUCCUUAGUAUUUGACUUUGUGCACCAGCUGUUGUUUACAAAUAUACACAGACCGCCACCCCUUGUCUUACCGGAGUCAGCCGUUCUAUCCUGCCGAUGUAGCGUAUAGCCCACUAGCUGUAUGUUGUCCAUGUCGUCGUUCAGCCACGACUCGGUGAAACAUAAGAUAUUACAGUUUUUAAUGUCCCGUUGGUAGGAUAAGCGUAAUCGUAGGUCAUCUAAUUUAUUUUCCAAUGAUUGAAGAUUGGCUAAUAGGAUUGAUGGAAGAGGCAGUUUACUCGCUCGCCGUCGGAUCCUUACAAGGCACCCCGACCUACGUCCACGAUAUCUCUGUCUCUUUCUCCUGCGAAUGACGGGGAUUUGGGCCUUGUCGGGUGUCUGUAGGAUAACCUUUGCGGCCGCCUCGUUGAAGAAAAAAUCUUCGUCCAAUACGAGGUGAGUAAUCGCUGUCCUGAUAUCCAGAAGCUCUUUUUGGUUAUAAGAGACGAUGGCAGAAACAUUAUAUACAGAAUAAAUUACAAAUAAUGUGAAAAAACACACAUAAUAGUACAAUUGGUUAGAGGGCUGUAAAAUGGCAGCCAUCUUCUCCGGCGACAUCAUCACUCCCUAGGAUAUUUCCUAGGAAACAGGCACAGCUGUUUCCUAGGAAAUAUAAACACACCAUGUAAAGUGUUGGUAUCAUGUUUCAUGAGCUGAAAUAAAAGAUCAACAGACAUUUUCCAUACGCACAAAAAGCUUAUUUCGCUCCAAUUUUGUGCACACAUUUAUUUACAUCCCUGUUAGUGAGCAUUUCUCCUUUGCCAAGAUAAUCCAUCCACCUGACAGGUGUGGCAUAUUUUUUUUUGUGAUCCAAUUGACAUUUUAGUCAUUUAGCAGACGCUCUUAUCCAGAGCGACUUACAAUUAGUGAGUGCAUAAAUUUCAUACUGGGAAUCUCAAGUUUUGAGGGAGUGUGCAAUUGGCACGCUGACUGCAGGAAUGUCCACCAGAGCUGUUCCAAGAUAAUUGAAUGUUAAUUUCUCUACCAUAAGCCAAUUACCAAUUUCUCUCAAUGUCAUUUUAGAGAUUUUGGCAGUACGUCCAACCGGCCUAACAACCGCAGACCAUGUGUAACCAUGACAGCACAGAACCUCCAUAUCUGGCUUUUUCACCUGCGGGAUCAUCUGAGACCAGCCACCCGGACAGCUGAUGAAACUGAGGAGUAUUCCGUUGAAAUUAUUGCAUGUUGCGUUUAUUUUUUUGUUCAGUAUACAAAGCUACAAAUGUCCAGGGAUGCUCAAAUCAACGUGUUCAAUCGAAAAGAAGUGUUUCUUGUUGGAAAAGUUCAGAUAGUAUCUCCCCGUUUCACUCCCUGUUUCAGACACUGAACAUGUCUCCAUAGACAACGUGGUCCCUCAGUAGUCCAGGUUAACAUCCCUACUCUAAUCAGUUCAAUGCCCAUCAGUUCUCUGAAUGGGCGAAAGGUGGCUUCUAUCAUUCUAGUUAUACAGUCCAUUGAUUCAUGGGAACGCAGCAGCAGUACAGGGCACCACACAGUAUUUCCGGUGUCACCUACUGCCGUUGUUCUCUUGAACAAGGCACUUAGCCCCCAAACUGCUCCAGGGGUGCUGAUCUGUGGACUGUGUGUAGUAGUGUCUUGUGGAGUUGUGACAGAAAUAAAAUUACUACUAAUUUCCGUUCUAGCAUCUAUUCUACUCCCCUGUAAUUUGUUGUGGGCUAUGGAAAAAAUGUAAUCUUGAAGGUCAAUCAGCAUUAACAAUCUGUAGGUGUGCUUCUUUCUCAAUAAGAUUACAAGGACUCCUGACCACAUAAUAACUAGGCCUACUCCUCCCCAAAUCUAGUGGGGACUGUAGAUAUGUCUCAUUGUUGUUUUUUUGUCCUGAUUUUAUUAAUCCGCUUUCAACAUUAAUUGUUUUUCUUCUGUUUGUUUUUUUUCAUCUUUUUUUAUAACGCUUUUUAAAAUGUAACUUAAAAGAGUAUUACUAUUAUCAUUAAUCAAUCAAUUAAGUAUUCAAUCAAACCAUUCAGUGGACAUCAGCUCACCAUAGCUCACUGGCCUCUCUAUGACCUGAUCCAGGAGCUGGUUCCUCAGGUAGAAGGUGUAGUUGACUGCUCCUCCAGCCUGCACCACCAGCUGGGUACGGAGGGAAAGGAGAAGGCCCGGGGCCCUGGAGGACUGGGUCACUGA